ACCACGUCGGGUUCUGGACUCGGAUACGGUCUGUAAUAAGCUCCCGGGAGCCCGAAAAGAAAAAAAAAACCGCGAUUUUCUCGGGUUACUCAUCGCGUACAGUGUAGACCGGCCCAACUUCGUGUUAUUUUUUUUUUAUGUAAAAUGAGUCUCGAUUUUAUUGUAUACACCUACGUUACGAUAUUAUUAUAACGGUUUAUUUGUAGAGUGUACCUAUAUAUACUUUACGUCUUGUCAAUUGUUCUUUCAAGGGUUUCCGGAUGCGCAAACAGAGGAGUACCGGCGAGCUGGAGAAAAAGACGACCGGCAGCAUCCGGAGCACCGCGUCGUGCACGUCGUGGAUCAGUACCGGGUCGUCUCAGUCCGCGAUGGGCGAGUCUUACAACACGGACUCCAACGCCAGUUUCAUCGUUGAGGUAAGUGUCCUCGCCCCGUGUUCGUAAUGUUUACGAAUGUCUAACAAACAAAACCCGACUUUAAUAACGCCGUUCCGAAACUGUGCGAUAUUAUUUUGUUGGAUUCUAUCGCUGCAGUCUCGUCGUCCGCGAUUUCGCGAAAACAAGGCGGUCCAAAAUCAAAAUAAAAAAUUACUUGCCCCCCUUCCCUGAAAAAAUUCGAUUCGUUUUUAAUAACGUUUGUUCACGUCGGAAACUUUAUUUGCUUAUACGAAGCGAUUCUGAACGAACGUGUCCCAUAUUUUUGUCUCUUUCGUAUAAAGAACUUUUCGAUCGAAAAUCGCGUUCCAAUCAUUGAGUUCGACACAGCUUCUGCGAGUAAUAAGUUUAAUCAAUAAAGUUUUUAAUGUUGUCAUUUUUUUUUUUUUUUGUUUUGUGAUUUUGUUUCUACUUAAUUUUGGGAGAGAUUGGAUCGGUGACGGUAUAUACUUUUUCGUUGAUUUAGACCUGAAACCGAACAAAACGGUAUGAGUUAUUAUUGUAAACUUAAAUCUAGUGAUCCGUAAUGCAAAUUCAAAUUUUAAAUCCGUCAAACGCAGUAAUUUCCUAUAGAAUUUACCGGUUUUUCGGUCUAAACCGUCAUAUUCGUCCGUAAAAACGGUCCAUAUGCCUUUCUCUCGAACGAGUGUCGUGUCAGUAGAUUGGUGGAAUAGUCAAGUGAUCGGGUGACAUGAAAAUUUAAAAAAAAAAAAAAAAUGUAAAUUUGGAGGAAAUUAGGAAAACUCUCAUCAGUUAUUGAAACAUAACGUGGAAAAAAGGAAAAUGUUUCCGAUAGUUGAAAUAUUAUUUCGAUCAGAAACUCAAAUCGGUUCAAAUUGGUCACUGAAUUGACCGGUCAUAUCUGACAAUUUUGUGACUCGUUUUAUAGUUAUUCCAUCUGUCCUCCAAACGUGUCCGGCCCAUUCUGUCCACUUGCUUCUGCUAUACGAUAGCAGUGGCGUAGCAAUGAUUGUUUUGGAGGGGGGGGUGUUUUGUAACUUUAUUGUGCACAUGUAAACACGCAUAAUAACAUGUACAUACUUAAUAAUUAUCUAUACGUUACACAACACAUCUUGUAGAAAUCUGAUGCAUUAUUGCACGUGUAGUAAAAAUUACAAUUGUUGGCAUAAAUAUAGAGGGGAGUUUGAACACCAAAACAACCCCCCCCACACACACACACUCAUCGCUACGCUACUGUACGUCGUUUUAUAUUUUGGUCUUCCAUACAUAAUAUUUUGUAAAUCGUUGUUAUUUUAUGUUACGUCUUCUUUCGUAAAAUUCCCGUUUCCACAUUAUGAACUUGGCCGACAAUUUUCCCGUCACUUCUCUUUCCGUUGUACUGCUAAUUUAAAGUAGUCACGUUCUGUAUAGUAGCCCACGUCUCACGCCCGUACGUCAAAACUGGUCUUGAGUAACUUGUGCAGCAUGCACGUCUUGUGUAGACCUAUACAUACAAAACGUAAUAAACAACACGUCGACGUUUUCUUCGAUUAGAUUCUACUCUUUUAGCGCACUUUCCGCACGUUUCCGAAUGCUGCGUACGUCGUAUUAUCUUGUACAUGAUUUCCCGUUUGAACGUUCGCCGACGAAAAUAUCCGACGUUCGCGUAAAGGCCGCGGUUUUUGUGUUUUUUUAUUUUUCAUUAUUAUUAUUAUUAUAAACGUACAACGGCCGCCGCCUCCGUCGCCUCCUCAUGACGCGUACGCAGUUAAAUUAUAUACCGAUUACGUUGUACGAUUAUUUUUAUCCGGGACCAUCGCACAAUAACGCGAUAUUCAUCACGCGCAGUACAGAUUUAAAAAUAAUACCGAAAUAAGUCCGAAUAAAAAAAAAAAAAUAAAUAAAUAAAAAGCGUUUAAAAAAAUGCACAAACUCGACUACGCUCGUGCAUUAUAUUUAUUAUAUGUAUUUAAUGCGUACAAUAAUAAUACGUGUUUUUUUUUUUUUUUUAUUCGUCGGCUCUUAUAAUAUACGCGACCGCUAUGUGGAAAGAAAAAAAAACACGCGCACACACACUACAUUAUGACCAUCAUCAUAGUCCACCGAACUCGUAAAUAAAUAAUACGUUAAUAUAUUAGUGUUGCACGUGUUGCACUAUAUAGACAUAAUAUUGACAGAUGCACAUAUUUGCACGCGUGCUAUUUUCGACGAUAAUCGGUUUAAAAGCGCCCCGCCAGAGUCCGCGGCACAAACUCGGUUUGUUUGAAUUGGUUUUUUUUUUUUUUUAGUUUCUAAGCGCAGCGAGUAACGUAUUACAGUGGACGUGUGUGGUUUUUUAUUAUUAUUAUUUUUUUUUUUUUUUUUAUAUUUGUGUCUGUGAACAACUUUUCUGCCGGUAAUCAUGCUCCAAUAAAAAAAAAACUAAAAGAGAGCUAUUUGUUUUUUAUACAGCAUUUCGGAUCUAUAGGCGGCACACUGCGAGGUCGUUUUUUGGUUUUCCUUGCAGUUUUCAUAAUACAAUUGGGAAAACCUGAUAAAACGUAUAGAAUAAACGGACACAUUUCGAUUUUUUUAUUCUACCAGAAACCUCGCCCCGCAGAAUUUCAAGUGUAGCAGCGUGUUAUCUAAAAGAAAACUGUGUCUAGUUGGUGAAUCGAAAAGUCGUUUUUACUUUGUAGUGUUCUUAAUAACUCAGAGAAACGUAGGAAGAACGGGAAAAUUGACAGUAACACUGGUUUUAUUAUUUUCGAUUUUACCUAUUAUUAUCAUUGUUUUUUUUUUUAUAAUUUAUUCGGUUGAAAUUAAUUUUAGAGUCCAGACAUUUUCAUUUACACGAAUACUUAUAGUUUUAUACAUUUUUUCUUGACACGGUACAAUUUCCAAAACAUUCUGGUGUUUUUGCGUUAUUCGUAGACCUGCUUUGACAUAUUCAAAUUUGUUCAGAUUUGAUUUGGUUUUAUGUGGAUAAAAUUGUGUUGACCUAGGAGAAUAAUAUUAAUGAUCGAUAAUGUAAAAAUUUAAAAAUUUAAAAUGAAUUCAUGUUUGUUUUCAACGGUAAAAACAAUAGUAUGUGUCUGAAAAUAUACCAACGAUUUAUUAUCUCUGUUAAUCCGAGCGUUUUUUAAUUCGUUAAUUUCAUUAUUUUCAUAAGUUUCAAAUAUUUUACAUUCAACCAACCCAUACGUAGUCCGCAAUUUUAUUUCUUUAUUUUUUUACUAGACCUUAGCAAGAACUGUACAAAUUAUUUUAAUGUAAUUGUAAUAAAAUUUAACUCUGUGCGAGUUGCGUUUGCCGUGUAUUCCUCUUCUUUUGAAAUUAUUUUAAUUAGCGCAAAAAACUUCCAUAACAUGCAAAUUAUAUCUCAUUGAUUCCGUGAUGCAUUUCAGAUUAUAGAAUAAUAACAAUAUUAUCAUUGCUUUCGACGACGGCGGGACAAAGUUCAUUGAAAAUCUCAAUAUCGUUUUCAUAUAACGACACAGAUUCAAUAGGAAAUAAAUCGCGUCUAUGUCUAUAUCAGCCACUUUCGAAUACAUUUAGAAGAAUUUCAGAAGCAUCAUCUCAUAAUUUUUUCAAUAUACCUAACGAAUAAUAUUAUUGAUUUGUUUCUCGUACCCUAUGGAUUAUAUUUUUAGGAGGACGUUAAACCCGCACCUCAUCGUCUCAGUCCAACUACCGGGUAACGUGCGAAAACAACGCUGACGCAGAAUAAGUAAUUUUGAUUUUAGAUUAAAACCACCUAUUAUGGAAAUAUGUAUAGAGAUCAAUAUUUCGGAGAAAAUACCAUAGGGUUUUAGUUAUAUUCAAAAUAUACAGCUCGGUAUAAUUGAUACAAAAACUUUUUUUUUUUUAAUAACUAUAACUUUUUUAAUAGUUCAUAAUUCGAAAAACACCUAUGAAAUUCCCUCCGAAAUUUUGUUCACUUAACAUUUCAUUUUAGGUAAUUUUACUCUAAAAUCAAAAUUAAACUAGUUUUACUUAUUCUGGGUAAGCAUUGUUUUUUUAUGUUACCCGGUAGUUGAUCGACGGGCGGUUUGGGUGGCUAACCACUUAUAAUAUAAAUGUCUGUAACAUAUCAAAUUAAUUGCACCUAUACAUAAUCUAUAAUAAUAAUUAUUAAUUGAUAUAAUAGUUGCAUGCACAACAUCAAUAUUUAGAGAAUAAUUUUGGUGAAACUGCAUAUACUUCUAAAUAAUUUUGGCAUUUUGGCAUAUAUACUUGGUCAUAUUAUUUACAUAUCAAAAAUUUUUUAGUGGGUUUUUAUAAACUCUAGAGUGAUGCUAAACUACAGUCUCUGUUUUUUCAGUAAACAAUGACACAAAGUGUGUAGUACAGAAUUCAAUAUAUGUGGUACGGAUUUUAGAAGAGUGCAUUAAAAAAUAAAACUCAAAAAUAGUCGAAACUUGUUUAAUUUUCCAAAUUUGUAUACAACAUAAUACCCAUAGUUCCUGACAAGGAAAAAUUGUUAUCUGACACAUUAUACCGAGUUGACCUAUACACUCUGCGAAGAAAAUACCUACAUCGUCUGAUCAAAAUAGUAUCUAUUAUCAAUGCGAAAUAGAGGCUAGACACCCUAAACCCCCUAGGUUUGUUUUAUAGGUAGUCGAUCUCCCGAAUAGUUUUGGUCUAAUUGGCAAGAAAAAGUUCACCGUGCCACUAUACCUACUCGCACAUCGAAGUAACCGCAAACGUAUUCUUUCCAAUACAUUACAAUAAUCGUGUUUGAACAAAACGUGUGCUAUCACAGUUAACGUGUCGAACGGCGGGGAUCUGUACAUCCUAUUCAGGAGGAAACAACGAUGCGUACAAUAUGCUAUUGAGUUUGAAUCCAUAUUGUGUUAAAAUUAGUGUAGUGUAACGAUUUGUCUUAGUAUUAUGUCCGUUGCUUGCGGUCGAUUCGUGAGCGGAUUGGUAAAAUUAAACGUACCUUAUUUAAUUGUACGUUUUCUUUCGAUUCUUGGAAUUCGUUAAACAUGCCGGUUUUCACAAAAAUAAUUUGUAUGAAAAUAAAAAAAAAAAGAAUAGAAAAACACUGUUAUUCGUACCGAUACCGUGUAAGUUUAUGAAAUAUCAUCUUAAAUCCGAUGGGGAUGCAUAGCGGUGUGCGGAUAGUAUACAAUAGGUACAGAUAGCUAACCUGUUUCUCGAGUAGAUAUCGACUGUUAUUUUGUUAUCGAUGCGCUCACAUUCACCGAUACUGAUGUUUAAAUAAAGUGGACCGUUUUAAAUGUAAUUGAAAUGAAAAAAAUAUACAUCGAGAGUAAGGGCGCCGACAGUGACAAAAACGAAACGAUAAUAAUUAAAAAAGACAAAGAUGUAUAAUAAUUUAUAUAAUAUAUUUGACUAUUAUAUCACUGCUGUUGUUUCAAUAAUAACAAAUUGUAAGUUGGACCUGUGCAUUUAUAUUGAUGAUAAUUUAUCUCCCGCUGACGUGAACUGUUAAACCCUAACGCGUGCGUCCUGUUUUUUUUUUUAAUUUUUCUUUUUUACGUCUGCGAACAACUAAUCUACCAGAAAUCUUGCUAAAAUCAAUAAAACGAGAUUUUUUUUUUUUUUUUUAUUAGCAUUUUGAAUAUACAGGGUGUCCAGCAGUGUUAUCUGAAUGCUAAUUGCACUGCAGUAAACGCACAUUUUUUUUUUUCAAUCGGGUUUUGUGUCAAUGAGACACAAAUCUAGAGAAAAAUUAAAUUUUUGUUUUUAUCCUUUAAUCACUGAAAAAAAAAAAUAACUUCAUAUCCGAUCAAUAGUUUCUUAGUUAUAACGGCGUUAAUGCAUAGAAAAUAGGCGUGAAACAAUUAAUUUUCAACAGUAUAACCACAAUCGGCACGGCAAUUCCUUAUAUUCCUAUUGAAUAUAUAAGACGCAAGACCCAAUUGGAAAACAUUUUUUUAUUUUUUAUUUUUUUAUAUUCGGAUAAAAUCAACCAGAUAGAAACCAAAAAUUUUCUCAGAUAUAUAUGAAAACAUUUUGACAAUUUUUAAGAUUUUGAACUAUUUUAAGCCAUUGGAAAUUUUCGAGUUUUCAUUUGGUUUUAUGUAGUUCAGUAGAACAUAGCUCGAAAAUACAACAUUAUAUCGUAAGUUAUAUACAGUGUGAAACCCAAGAAGAAUACCUUAUACUUCAUCGGACUCAUGGACCAUGAUUUUUUUUUUUUUUAUAUUUUCGACCGCUUUAGUAGGGGGCAACGAGAUGGCGACAGCGUUGACUUGAGUCGACGGGGCGCAUUAGUGUGAAUACUUUUUUUUAUUUUAAUGGUUUUUGUUGUUUUUUUUUUUUUUUUGUUCGCUGUCACAGGACGAACACAUGGACGUGAACACGACAGAAACGUAUGUGGGCGAGUGGAAGAAUGACAAGCGGUCCGGGUUCGGGGUGGCCGAGCGGACGGACGGGCUCAAGUACGAGGGCGAAUGGUUCGGUAACAAAAAGUACGGUUACGGCGUGACCACGUUCAAGGAUGGCACAAAGGAGGAGGGAAAGUACAAGAACAACGUGUUGAUCACGUCUCAGAAGAAGAGACACCUGUUCCUGAUCAGGUCGGCGAAGCUCAAGGAACGAGUGGACGCGGCCGUCAACGCAGCACACCGGGCGUCGAAAAUCGCGUUGCAAAAGGCGGACAUCGCGAUUUCCCGGUAAGUGCGGUAUCGUUUGAGGGGUAGAACUCGAUGGCGUUACGGUGAGAUUGGGGAUAUUAGAGAGUGCGACGCGCAAAAUGUCUCGUGGUUUCACGACAACAUUAUCAUUUCCGUCACAAAACAAUAAUAGUAAUAUUUAUUCCGACAGCGGCCAACGGUGGUGUUUUCACCGAAGUAUGCGGUAUUGUGGUAAGGUCCGACUGGUAUAACAGACCGACACACACCGAACCACAAGGCGGCUAGCAUAUAGAUAGUGGCGUCAAACGGUUUUGUCGGGGGGGACGAAACUGAGUUUUUAGCGAAACGUUUAUUAUUGUAUACAUUUUUAUUUUUAAUUAUAAUAUGUGCGUAAUUAGCUAACGUUACAUAUUAUUAAGGGAAAAAAGUCAUAGCGGAAAGGUAUAACCUACCUCUGAUCUCCCCCCAUCCCAAUUUGACCGCCCCUAAGUACAGGAAUUAGUGGCAAAUUAGGGCAAAGUGCAGACGGCUUGACUUUACAAUGAUGGCGAGCACUUGUACACAGGUACUAACGUGAUUUUAGAUACCGUGGUUACGUGUCGACCCGCAAUAACCGUGUCUGCAACCGGAUCGAAUCCAUCGGUUAGGUUAGCCGGUUGGGUGGAUUCAAUUCAAUCGCCAUUUUAUGACGAUUUUAUCGCGGGUCGACGGGCAACCGUAAUAUAGUAUCUAUAAUCGCGGGUAUUACAUGCGUUAAAACCUAACCUAACCGACGUUAUUUUCGAUAAUUUAUUUACCGCGUUUGCAGGCCCUAUCCGAGUUCAGCCCUAGCCGAAACGUAACCGUGUUUGUUUCAGGAGUCUUAGGAAUUUUACCGAACCUACGUUCGACGAAAAUACGGGUUGCGUAUUUACAUAUUGCCGCUAGAGCCGAACUCGUAUGCGGUCUGCAAACACGAUAUCCGGCGUUUUCGGUAUUCGGAUUCGCCGCCGGUAUAAUAGCCAUACGCAUUGGAUCUUGGUAAAUUAUAUUUGCGGUAUAACAAUUCGAUAAUAUACCGCGAAAAUCUUCUAAUAUUUACGCAUAAUAAUUUAGAUAUAGCGAUGGAAAUUUGCCCGAAUAUUAUUACAAUAAUAAUAAUAUGACUAGGCCAUAUGGUUUAUACAAAAAACACCGGAUAUCGAUUUAUUUUGUUCUUGAUGCGAGGUGUGUAAUAAUGAAUUCCAUUUCAGGGCAGGGGACAAUUAUUAUUGUUGUUCGUGUGGCGUGAACGGUAAAUGCGUAUAGAUAAUGUAGGUUUGCUUAGAUUGUAAGGACGAACCAAUACCGGGUUAUCUAGUGUAGGUACUUGACCGACGACAAUGAAAUACAAUAAAUAUUGUAGGUAUCGUUGAUAUUCGUUUUAAUAUCUUAUUACGAUCAUGUCGGGUGAUUGCAAUAUACGACCGUAUAGUGGUUAUUACUAUACGAUAUUUGUGUGUCAGGGGCGAACGCGGGGGAAAAAAUGUCAGACUGGUUCGUAGAAAAUACCUAUAGGUAUCACAAUUCACCUUUGUAUCGUUGUAAAUGAAUAAUAAUAAAAAAAAAAAAAAAAACAUUAAAAUCGAAGUACAAAUUAAAGGGCUUCGAUUUAUGUUUCGGAGGUGGUUUGCGUUCGCUGUCACCGUAUGUCGUUAACGUUGAACGGAAAAUAUUCGCGACUUGGAUGCAAGUGUCAAAAUAUAGUGUCAGGUGAUGGAAAUAUUCUUAUACAAUAUUAUGAAAACACCGUUAACAAUAUUGUCGUAUAUUAUGGGGGCGAAAUGGAUGAAUAUACAAUGUUUAUUUCUGUUCUCAAUAGGUUGACGAGUGCACUAUUAUGAAACGUUUCGCUUGGAAUGUUCGAUAUUGAACCCAUUGAAAAACAAACUAUAUUUGUUAAUUGGUUUUGCAUUAUACCUCUCGAAAAGCCGCAGCCGACUUAAAAUCAUUAUAAUGUUGUAUUCGCUAUUCAAAUCGAACAAGUUUGACAAAUAUCAAUAUACGUUAUCAAAUGCGGGUUAUUGAUUAUAAUUUUCGAUAAUGUAUAGUUUAUACGGCCUGGUUUACGACUUGGUUUUUGCUCAAAAACAUCGUAAACAUGCUAUACGGGGGAAAAAAAAACUGUGAACUGUUAAGCUAAUAUAUUCUAUUAAGACUUGAUAAUAAUAUUUUAAACGCGCGUUUUCGAUUCGUCGUCAACAGUUUUUAGAAAGCCACGGGCGGGUGAGAAAAUAUGUUCUGUACUCAGUAGUUACUGUAUACUAUAGCUAUAGUUUUAGAUUGAAAAAUAAACGAUUUUUUUAUUCAAAUGGAAAUAAUAUUUCCAAAACAUAAAUUUCGGUGAAAUUCCUGGACCGCUCGAGUACACGUCGUAGCUUAUAAUAAUUAAACAAGCAUACUAAUUAUAAUAUAAUCCUGUUUCAACGAUGAUAAUUCCUCGGUUCUCGAACCUCGCGGUUAUCCGUACGAUUUUUCCAACGCCGUACUCGUCAUAUUAUUAUUAUUAUUACUAUUAUUAUUAUUAUUAUUAUUAUUAUUAUUAUUAUUAUUAUUAUUAUUAUUACAUUGCGUAUCUACCUUAUUUAUUAUUAUUAUUAUUAUUAUUUAUGUGAUUACACGCGAAAAACGCGAUAACGGUUAUUAUUCGCAUUAAACGCGAAAACUAAAAGCUAAAGGGAUAUAAAAUAUAACGCGGAAACGCAAUCUAAAUCUGAUAAUACUUCACGGGGCGUCCCGUCGUCAAAAGAGCGAAAACGAAAGGGCCGAUCGGGCAAUACGAGUGAAAACAAACGUAUAUAUGUAUGUAAUGUUGCGGUGACAUUUUUUCCCGUCAUUUAAUAUGUUAUUUUCACACAACGACCGUAUUCCAGCGGAUGUUCAAACGGUAUACCUACUAUACGAAUCAGUGGUGGCAAACAACAUUCGAUUCCGACUACGAAAAUGUACAAAGAACCGUCUUAAACACUCGUAAACGAAAUCUAAUUCGAAGCAACACUGGCGUUUCCGUGAUAAUAUUCAAUAAAGCGGUCGCGUAUCGUGUUUCCGACACGAGUGUGUUUAUUAUUGUUUGUUCGCGUUCACUCCCGCUAGCAAUUAAUCGGGUGGUUUUUUUUUUUUCUUAAAAAAUGUGCACACAAUUUUUCACUAUUUUCGCAUUGGCGCGUUUGCGUUCGAUCUACUGAUGCGUAGAACCGCUUCAAUCGGCCGGACAAAACGGAACGGGAAAUCCGUGGGACGAGUAUACCGAUUACAGUAUAUAAGACUUCCGAAGGGACCGGAAAUAACGGCCGGUGUUUAGGGGCGAACUACGUCAUAGUAUUAUACCGUAUAGGCGACCGUUAACAAAAGUGCAAUACUUCCGGAUGACCGGUACGCCAGAGCGCGUAAAAUUCGAAAAUGUGCUGCGCGAAUCCGUUCGUACGCAGGAACACAGUCGAUUUAGUAAUCGAUUCGGUUUUACGACGUUUCACAGUUUUCAUUUCGCGAUUAUUGCCUACCGUAUCUUUAUUAUUAAAUUUUUUUUCUAUGAAACCGCCGGCGGUACGAAUUCUUCCUUGUUCCUAGUCGGGAAAGUGCGCUGCAAAUGUCGGGACCAGUCGUGCUGAAAAUAUAUGCUAACCGCACGCUUAAUAUUGGCGUUGGAAAGAGUUCGAAAAGUUGAAUUUAAAGCCUGGAGCGGGAAGACUGUAGAAACUUUUCUUCAGCCCCCCCCCUUCCCACAUAGUUUUUUUUUUUGAUAUAACGCUUAUACUAUAUUCAUGCAAAUUGCGGCGAUAGGCAUGCAAAUUCAUGCUGAUUACAUGCUAUAUAUUGUGCCAAUAUAUAGCAUUACAAUAUUCCCAUACAGGGUAUACUACAUACUAUAGGUACGCUGUAUACUCUUAACAUUUUGUAAAAAAUUUUAAGGGCAUACUACGUAUGAGGACGUGGGCGCAACAAUCAGACCUCACCAAAUUACCGAAUUACCGUAUUACCAAAAUUACCAUCUCCGGAGAAGUCUUGUUGUUGCAACAAAACAUAAAACAGACUAUAUUUGUAUAUAAUCUCCGUAUCUAACGAUCGGAUUUGUCUAGUUGUUGCACCGAUCGAAGGGAAUUUUUUUUCUGUAGUGAUAUACAAAAGAGUGAUUUUUGAAGAGAAAAAAUUGAAGAUGUUUGAUUGUCUUCGUGUGCUCUCAAAUAGUUAGGAAGAAAAAAAUCCGUCACGAUAAAACAUAUUAUUCUCGUGACCCGUAUAAUUCACACAGUGUAUGCCACUGAAACCGAUAUAGCGAUAAAGAUUGUAUUUAUUUCGGUAAUUAUAUUAUAAUUGACAGUUUCGCAAUUUUCUUACGAUACAUUUUAGUAUUUUAUUUUUAAAAAUUUCGAUUAUUUCGUUUUUAGUAAUUUCGCUUUAUAUUUUGUACAUUCGGUAUUUAUAUAUUUCCCUUAAACAAUACAACCCAUAAGAAAGAUAUUAUGAAAUCGGGUGUUACCGCGUAUACUCUAAAAAACUUUAAUGGAAACAUCACUGUUUACAACUUUAUGUACUUUACUGUAUAGUGUAUAGUAUAGCAGACGCGUAGCCAGAAAUUUCCAAAGAGGGAGGGGGGAGUUAUGAAAAGUAACGAAACAUAUUAAUUGAAAAAAGACACAUAUACAUCGCAUGAUGGGUGGAGAACUUUUAUAGAUGAAAAGUUAAGGAGGUAAGAUGUAGAGGGGAAUUGAAUGCAUACCUGUACCUAUACGCAAAGAUUAAUCAUCGCUAACGACAAACGAUUCUGAGCGGAGUUCGGUUACAUAUCUUUUGAAAGGCUGUAAUAUUUAUGAUUUUCAUCAAAAUUUGAUAUUGUAAUUCUUAUAAAAAAAACGAACAUUGUCAAUAGUAAUAUACAUAGUGAUACAGUUUCGUAUAUAGGGGUACCUAUAUAGCCAUAUUGUAAAAUAAUUAGCUUGCACAAUUCUAUUAUAAACACGUAGUAAAUAAACACGUCCGAGGGGGUGGGGUAUUGCUAUACUACCAACAUCCUCCUCCUCCCUCGCUACGCCACUGUAGUAUAGGCUGUCAUGUAAAGAUGAUUAAAAACGCCGGAUGGAGCUAGGCUAGCGCGUGUUUUUUUUUUUUUUUUGAGCCUUGCGGCAUUUUCCCGUGAAUUUUAUUUCAAACCGCGAAAACCACUCGGAUUCACACGUCGCGUUUCAUUUGUCGAAUACACAUGGUCGGUUCGCUAUAAUAUAACGUGCCGGUAUAAUGAAUAUAUGAGUGCAAAGGUUGUCGACGGACGCAUCGGCGACAUCGUCAGAUUAAAGGAUUCUUGUUGUUGUUUUUUUUUUUUUUUUUUUUUUUUCCAGGUAUUUCGGGACUGUCCGGACGAAAAAUUCGCCGGAAUCGCGCAUUUUUUCGACACGUUUCCACGUUUAACCGUAUACAAUUUCGGUUUCUUGCAGUCCGGCCGAAUUAUAUUGUCAGAAUAUUCCACGAAAUUCCUAGAAGAAAAACAUCCCCGGAUCCACGCUAUACCCGAAAAUAAAUGUUUUUUAUUUUUACUUUUUACCGAACGAGAUACCUUUCUUUAUUUUUUUUCGCACUCUUGGAUUUUUAAAAAAUUACUUUCGGUUAAUUUAUUAUGCAUUUAUUCGUGUGGCUUUCUCUUAUUCGCGGUCAAUAAUAUGUCACUGCAAUAUAGCGAGUAUCGUAUAGUACGGAUAAAUGAUAUGUAUAUAUAAAAUCGACAUUGAAUAGAAUAACCGAAACAACAAAAAAACAAAUACCAUAUAAUAUUAUUAUUUUGUACAAAAAAAUGAAUUCGAAAAUUACUACCGAUAUUAUACAAUAUUAUUAUACCGAUAUUAUACCGCCAUCGAUAUGUUAAAAAUGCGUUUUCGGGCGAAAAUGUUAUGAUAAUUUACCGGUGAACAAUACUGACUUGUGUACCUAUAUAACGUUAUAGAGAUCGAAAGAAGUCAAUCUCGCGGUUUUUCCAUAUUUUUUUUCUUCAAUAGACGCAUACGCCAAUACGGGAUAACCUACGUCAUUGGGAAAAUACCCGUGGUGGGGCGAUGGCGGGAUUUUUGAAAGGUCGUGGCCUCUGAAUUUUUUUCAGUAGUGAAGUGAGCGGUUCGGGUGGCCCAUUACUUAUACACGAUGAUCUGUAACAUGCACGAAUGAAUAUUACGCCUGAUCUCUUAUUAUAUUCGAUAUCCUAAAAUUAUAAUUAAGGCACGGAUGUUGUAUUAAUAAUAUCGAUUUGUUCCUCCAAUGACGCAGCAAAACGUCGCAUAAAACCCCAAAACUUGGCCUCUUUUAGAGCAGCGUUUUGCUACUCUAAAAGUGUCAUAGAAGGAACAAAUCUAUACUGCUUGAAUUUGCAACUUUUUUCCACCUUUCCAAUUUAUCACCAAGUAAGUUUUAAAUACGUUUCAUGUAAGUACGAAUUCAAAUCUAGAAGUUUUAAGUGAAAUUGUUUGUAAUUUAAUCAAUUUUAAAUACAAUUUUAUUGUAUUUACUCAUCUAUAGAACUAUUUUUGAAAAAAUUCGACAAUCGACAGUCACAUAGAUAAGAUUGUACUAUAAUACCGCCAGCCAUAAAAUCUAAUAAUGGUAUCUUGUCUUUAUUUUAUAGUUUCAAGUUGGUUGGUGUUCAAUACAAUACAAAAUUAAUUUGUGUAAUGCAACUGUUUGACUGUUAUAAUCUGUUCUUCAGUCACUCCGUGAAUUUUGAGCUAUCGUGUUCUGUUAUUUUUUGUAAACAUAUUGAAAAUCAAGCCAACAAUUCCCACUGCGCAUCAAGAAAUAAGACUGCAGUGUGAAAAACGUUUAUCUGAUUUUUUUUUUAAAUUUUUAAACGAAAAAACUAACUGUUAUCGGUCAAUUUUCGCAGAGUUAAUUUCUACGCAUUGCGAAAGAUACUAUACCAUGUCAUUCUGUCCGAAUUAUACCCAUGAAAAAAAGGAAACGGUGCAUAGCUACCUAACCCAUCCCCGCACAAAAAAAACACGAUAUUCGUUUUCUGCCCGAAUUCCGUGUUAUAGCCUCGCGGGUAAAAAACAAAAAUGUAUUCACCGUUGCCGGUGUCCGCAGUACGCGAGUAGAAGAAGGAUAACGAUUUUGAAACGUUUUGUUCCGGAACCCGUGACCCGUAUAGCACGAGUGGCGGGGGUAGGGGGGGAUAAACUGUUACGGCGGUGGAACGAAGCGGAGCCAACGAGAAACGGAAAAAAUGUUCGGAAUGUCAAAAACCGAAAAGUCUGUCGACGGCACGCGAACGGGUGACAGGGGUGGAAAAAUGGGAGGGCGAGCGGUCGGUGAAAAAAAUGCGCCCGUUGAAAAGUACAAAUUGACGGAGGAGAGGGCCUCGGAGACGAGACGGAUUGCGCGCGGGAAAAGGAAACGAGAACCUAUAACCGCACGCGGUAACCACUAUACGGUACACGAGCGGCGACGGAGGACAAGGAAAAAAAAAAAAAAAAAAUGUAAUAAUUUAAAAUAUAAGUAUGUAUGUACGUACGUAUAUGUGUACGUAUACGUAAACGCGAGGAUAAUAAUGCGUUCGGUCCUCGGUAAUUGUACGACGGGAAAUAAUAGCGUGUCCGUUCCGUGACGUCAACGAGACCACGGAUAUAAUAUAUUAUUAUUAUUGCUAUAUCCGCAUAGAUAAAAAAAAAUAAAGGGCACCGUACACUGUCUACAUCAAAGCCUCGUCGGAAUAAUACGACGCUAAUUUUUAGAGCAAGGAAGGGAGGUUUAAUUUUUUUUCUCUCGGGGUUCUAUCAUUAUGUUGUGAUUGAGUUGUACAGUAGUUAUACUAAACCUACGAAUAUAACAUACGGUAAUUUACUUGUUAGUAAUAUGAUAUUGUAGUCGGUUAAACUAUACACCCGUUAAAAAGACGAGCGUCUUGGGGGGAGGGAGGCUAACCGGCGUGACCGAUCAGAAGCGUUGGCAUAUUUCGUUUAACUGCGAAAACGCGUCAUUAUUCCUAUCGGCGUUUAAAAAAAUCAUUAAUCAGACAAAUAGGUAGUAGUAACCUGUUAUCUCGAACGCCUUAAGUGCACGAACCUGCUAUCCCGACUGCCUCAAAAUUCGUGUCAAAUAAAUCUAAGUUCUUUGGGUGUUUAUUGACGACUGUGGGCACAGGACAACAAACAGCAACCGAUGAAAUUAAUACCUACACUUAAUAAUAAAUUGUACAUUAUGUUGAUACAGAUUACGAAUUCGUGCGUUUUUCUAAAUUACGCGGGAGUUUACAAUUAUUUUCAUAUUCAAUUGUAGUUAACCAACUAUAUGAUAUACUAGGUAGUCGGGAUGACAGGAUUGAUUAGAAUAGAUAGUCUUGGAAAUACAUCGUUAGUCGAGAUAACACGAUAGUAUCAAAAUAUAUACUAUAAUAUAAAUAGGUAUAUAUGAUAUGGACCGUGAAAAAUCACAAAGAUAUUUUGUUCUUUUCACGCUAUCUGCACUAUCCGCCUCUACGCGCGAUUUCAAUAGUUUUUCAUUUUGUAAAUGACUAUCACUAAUUCUUUUAAAACGAAAACAUUUGAAGGGUUCCGCGCAAAAACUAGACAACUCCAUUAUUUUUCAAAAAUGGGACAAUGGUGGUUUCUUUUAAAGAAAAUUACGCGUGAUUCUGUGCAAGAACAAGACAAUUCUCACCAGCCGUUUCAGAAAUAUAACGUAUUUGGAGUGGUCUUGUUCCAAAAAUGCUGUGCGAAAACGAUAUAACUCCGGAUAAUUUUAUUGUAAUAGGUAUAAGAGUACCUUAAUAUUAAUUUGUUUUCUUCUUACGUCUAAAGAACAGGCGCGUGUACAAAGGGGGGUAGGGUAGGUAACACCCCCACCCGAAAUUUCAUGAAAAUUAUUAUGAAAGUAGAUUUUAAUUAGAGUCUCAAAAAUGGUUUUUUUCAAUGGGGAAGAUAUAUACAAUUUUGAUUUUAUUUUUAUCUUCUUACUAGAAUUACUCCUUCCACUGUUCAUAAUCGUAUUUAAAAUCUUUUUUUUUAUUGAUAUUAUUUAAUUAACUUUUAUCGCUGAAAUAUUUUGAAAAAACAUCGAAGUUUGUACACAAUAAAUAUGUAAAAACAUUUUUUUAUAGACAUUUUUUCAAGCCUAUCUAUAAUACCAUUAUGAGUUAUAGUCAGUUACUUAUUUUUUGGGCAACACCAAAACAUUAAAUAAAAAAAAAAACAAAGAACGUGUUUGUUUUGAUUUAAUUUAUUAUUAAUAAAUUAAAUCAAAACGAAAACAUUCCAACUGUCCAAUCAUAAUAAAUUAUUAUGAUUGUUGUAUGACAGUUACCGCGUUUGACUGUGGGGCAAAGUACAUCGAGAGCCGGAUUUAGUACUAGGCUACCAAUAACCAAGGAGCGUUAUGACUUCAGGGGGCACCGUGGUGGGCAGAACUGUUGAUUUUUUUUUUUUUAUAAUUCCUAUUAUGUGUGAAUUUAGUUUACCAUCUACAAGAAAAAUAAAAUUCUAUUUAGUUUUCGGAAUUAAUGUUGUUGAACAUAAAUACUGAUAUUAAAUAAUGUUUAUUUUUGUCAAACAGCAAACAAGCUGUUGUAAAAUUAUAAAAAUAAAAUGAAUGUCAAAACUCUACAUUAUAUUUUAAUAUAUGAUAAUAUUAUUAUGAAUUUAUAAUAUUUUCAACGCACUACCCGUGAGUGAUGAUCAGAAUACAUUCACGGUAUUUUCUACUUGUCGUAAAAGGCGACAAAUGUGGUGAAUUCUUGAACGUGAGCGGGGACAACAGAUGAGAGGAGGUAUCAUAGUGCAUGAUGUCGUGCUGAUGAAAUUUAGCUUUGAAAGGAGAAAAUCUGGAAUAAGUUAACAGUAGGCUUGAAGAAUAUAAAGUAGCACUUGAAAGAAAGGGACUAAGGGUAAGUAGAAGUAAAACAGAGUACGAGUUUGGUGGCACAAGACAAGACAACAAACGACAAUAAACAUUAGAAUAGGCGAGGUUGAGAGUUUUAAGUACUUAGGAUCUUUUGCACAAAAGAACGGAGACUUUCAUAAACAUAUUGCGAAACAUAUAGGAUUACGCGUGGUUGGAUAAAGUGGAGAGGAGUAAUUUGUUUAAUUUGAGUAAAGUGGAAUAGUUUUUUUAGGUUGAUUUUAAAAUACUUUUAAAAUAAUCCUUUAUACAUUUUUAUAUAAAAUCGGUAACUGAAUUGAGAGGGGUAUCUAUGUUCUAAGAAGUAGGAGCUUGUUUUUUAUUAGCCUAGGGGCGCCUUUUAGGUAAAUCCACUCCUGCGGAGUACACCAAGCUAAACCACGCGAAUAAGUCUACCGGCAUUAUUUGUUCACUAAUAUUCUCACGUCACAUACUAAAUAUAAUAUUAUCAUAAUUUAUUAAGUUUUUGCUGUUCACAUGAGACAAUAUUAAUUGUUGAUAAAAAAAAAAAAAAAAAAAAAAUGUUAGACUCCAAAGAAAUUGAUUCACCGAGAAAGUUGGUUUAUAAAUGGUAUAUUGGAAAAUCACAUAUUUCAAUACACCGCCAGAAAUUGUAACCAUUUUACGCCACUGGUCAUAGUAACGAUGUUGAUAUAUUCCCUAAAAAAAAAAAACCACAAAUAUUCUCCUAUAUAUCAUCUUAAAAAUUAGAAAUACAUGCAAAAAUAAUCAAUUUACAUCAAUAUGUGUUUUAUUUUUAUCAAAAUUAUAUAAUAUAAACAUAAAAUGAUGGUUAAGAGAACGUUUACCCGCGUCUACUGUCUCAGUCCAACUACCGGGUAACAUGCAAAAAUAAAGUUUACGCAGAAUAAGUAAAACUAGCUUAAUUUUGAUUUUAGAGUAAAAGUAGGUACCUAUUAUGAAAUGUAUAGAGAAUAUUAUUUUGGAGAAAAUGCCAAAGUGUUUUUGCCGUAUUCAAAAUAUACAGCUCGAUAAAAUAGAAAUAAAACCCUUUUUUUUUUUUUUUAAAAAAAAAAAAAAAAAUAACUAACUUUUUUAAUAGUUUAUAAUUCAAAAGAAUUUAAAUUCUUAAAUAACAAUUUUCGGGUGCAUAGGAAUUAUAAAACUGAUAUUGUUAAUAAUUUAAAAUUACCAUAAAUCGGUGUUUUGUCCUAACAGUUUACAAAAUAUUCCAUAAUACGCUGAACGCACGUUGAACGUAAUCUCUCUAUUCGCGAAAAUAUUCUCGAGUGCGAGAAACGUAAAAAAAAAAAAACCAAAACUUUUUCCCCCCCGUGAACUCUGCGACGAACGAAUCGUCCGCGUUUUUCACUUUCGUAAGACCACCGCGCACCGCAACAUGUUAAGCUCGGUGACGUAUCCAUAAAGACGUGGGAAAAAAAAAAAAAUAUAAAAACAAAUCAUACCACGUACGGCCGAUAACGAUUGACGGUAACUGCCGAUAACGGCGAUAAUAACGCGUUUCGCUCCGAGGACCGCGUCCCUGUUCGUUAUCAUAGUAUAAGACCGCGUACGCACCUACGCGGUAAAAUAUCCACCUGUACACGGGGAGGGGGGACGAGCGACAGAGGCCGAGUCGGCGUUGUUGUUAUUAUUCUCGGUCCGGUCGAGCUUGAACCCGAUAACGUUAAUAUUAUUAUUAUUAUCGUCGUAUCGUACUUAAACGCGAUUAUGUGUCGAUAUGUAUAAUGCAAUAAUAAUAAUUUAAAUAUAUAUAUAUAUAACGGACGGGUGUCUACUUAUACAACAUUGUGUUCAUUGUGAUAUUACGACGGGUAUUACGGCGGUUAAAUAGCGUCCGAGGGGAGGGGAGGGGUGGGGGAGGGCCUUCUCGGGCGGUUUUCGCGCCGGCCCGGUGUUUGUUAUUCGAUUAGCCAAGAGGCGGCCCCUAUCGUAACGGCGAAACUGUACAGGUAAUCUGGUAAUGUGUUUGUCGAACCUUUGCCCGCGCGCAGAGUACCGUAAUGGGUACACUCGCUAUGACAAUGGCCAGAGUGCCCGGUGACGGCCCGGACGAAACUGCGCGGGAACGGAGCACGGGGUCCGCGGUACAAACGUCACGACGCGGAGCAUUGUACGAAACGCGCUUACGAAAUCGCCGCGCGUUUUCUAUACUAGGUAGACUACAUGACGCAUGCACACGUUUAAUACAUCCGCGGCCUUGUGGCGAUAGAAAAAAAAAAAAAAAAAACUCCGUAAAAAUUUGAAGUCCCGAAAUACGCGUUCGAAAACAUCCGAGGGGAACAAAAAAACUAUCGCGUUUGUUUAUUGAUAGCAUUUGUUUUUAAUCGAAAAUAAGCAAUAAAACCAUUUGAAAUUUUACAUUUACAACUCUCGGGAUCUUUUUGUUUAAACUACAAUAUCGCGGAUUUGUAUUGUCCCGUGCUCGGCGACGACCGACGCAACAAGUGUGUAAAAAAUGAAUACAUAAAAAAAUAAAACGAAAAAAAAAAUAUUAUUCGGAUUGGAAUAUUUAUACGGAGGAAAAAGGCGAAAUUAUUUUUAAAACCAUAUAGGAGGAGAAAAAUCUGGGUUUUCGACAGGUAUAUCUUCGGUAUAACAUGACAUCGAUUUCCAUAGAGCCGUUCGAUCUGACGUCAAGCCGGGAAAAAAACAAAUUGUAAUAAGAAAAACCUUGUAAGUCUCGAACACCGAUGAUACAGUGAUCCGGGCUGCGAAUUGAAGUACUGUAAAAAAAAUAAAACACAAGUGUGUUUUUAAAAUUCAGCAAAAAAUAUUAUACGAAAACGUGCGUCGAUUUUUCAAAAAAUAAAAAAAUUUAAAUUUAAAAACCCGCUAAUUUAUAUCAUCAUUAUUAUUUGUAAGUUAUUUGUUUAGUUUAAAUUGGUUAUUUUAUAGAAUCAUCAUCAUCAUUAUCAUCAAUCGCGAUAUUAAUUAGUACAAAGUAUUUAAUAUGAAAAUUGAAAAUACAUUUCAAUAUAUUAUAAAGUAUUUUGAUGAAGCUGCCCCAAAAGGCGAACUUAUGAUUGGGAACAGCGAGUUAAAAUACAAAUAUACACGACUUAAAAUAAACACUAAACAUAAAUAAUACGAAAGUCGAAAAUGAAAUAAAAAUUACCAAUGAAAUGCAAAUUCCCGCGUUACUUAUACAAUAAAACUAAAAUGAUAAAUUAUUUAAUCCUACAUUAUUUACACAGUUCGAAAAUGCACAUUUAUUGUGCAAUGUAAAUACAUGAAUAUUUAAUCGUCUUGGGAGACCUAUAUAAUGUUAACAGUACUUAAUUAUAUUUUUUUCACCAAACGAUUUCUUAUUAGCCGGCGUAUUAAGGUUAAUACUCUGUGCUUUGGUCAUGUGCGAUAAUGCCGUUUAGGAACAAAAGCUAGUGGAGUAUUGAAGGGGGAGUUCAGGGAACAAUAAUGUAUAUAUUGCUGGCCACCACCAGCAAUAUAUAUAUUUUUUUUUUUCGGGUGGGGGGGAGGGUUGAGGGGAAGGGUUUAGAGCAUAAAUAAUACCUAGGUCAUAUUAUGUAAUCAAAUAUGAAAUUAUAAAAAUAUUGUUUAAAUUAUGAACAUGACAUUGUUUUUACAUUUCGGCGACUACAUUAUCUCAUAUUUCUACCUUAAUUAUAAUUUAUUAUACUUCAGUAUUAUACAAGUUAUAUAUUAUACUUGUAUUACAAUAUAUACAGAGUAUUCAGAAUUUUACGUUACAGCAAUUUUACCCUGUAAAUAUUCGAAAUAGAGAAAAAUGUUUAAUACAAAAGUUUCUUUAAUUAUAAACACCAAAUAUAAUUUGUACAAUAUUUUUUUUUUUAUCUUACUGAUGUUUUUGGGGGCAGUUUUAGGUGUUAACUUUUGAAACUCAAAUGGGAACUUAAAUUGAAAAUUCCAUAAAUAAAUGGAGUAUAUUUUAAAUACAUUUCGGUGUUGAAAUUUUUGAUUUCCGUGAACCCGUUGACGAGAUAUCCAACAUUUUAGUUCUGACACGGGGAGAGUAGUGGAACACUAUUCAAACGCCGCGCGCCGUACCGUGCCACUACACAAGCGACCACCACAUCGAUAAAAUGUAGUUAAAAUAUUACUCCAUUUAUUUAUCGAAUUUUUAAUAUAGGUUCCCAGUUGAAUUUUAAAAAAAAAUAACAUACAACCCCUCCCAGAAAAAUCCAGUAAAAUAAAAAUAAUAUCCAAAUUAUUUCGGGUGUUUAUAAAUAAAGAAACAUUCACAUGUAAUAGGCUUUUAAAAUCAUUCAAUUUGAAUUUAAGAAAAAAUUUCGAGGGGAAAGGUCUUAACUCUAACCCCCUCGCUAGGUACGACCUGGUCACGGAGUUACCUAUACCUCUCCCCACGACAUUUUUUUUAAGCAGCUAUUAUUUAUACGAAUACUUAUUUUUAAAAUUCAAAUUUCAAUACCUUUUAGUCAAAAAAAUCAAAACUGUGUGUGUUGGUAUUCUGUCUUGACUAUAGAUAAAUUUCAUCAUUAAAAACGUCACCUAUCCGAACCACUUUAAUAUCAAGAAGGCUCUUCUUCUCCUUAUUCGUAGUAUAGUAUAGCCAAACUAACAAUAAUUACUACCUAUAAUAUUAUGUCAAUGUUAAAGUUUAGGCAGAUUGAACUAUAAAAUAUACUUUUAAAAAAUGUACGCAUUUAAAAUUGGAUCUUCCUUUUUUGUUCCAGACAGCCUAUAAGUACACAUUAUACAAUUCUAUGUAACAAAAUAUUUCAAAAUUCAUCAUCUCCCUCCUUGGCAAAAUCCUAAAUACCCAACGGUCAAAAGCAUCAAUAUUUCUACCGAAACUGUACGGUAGAGCGUUAUAUUAAUUGCACAAACUGAUUAUAUUUUCAAUAUUUAAAUCGUUACAUAAAUCAGUAACACGAUAACUAUAAUACGGGCGUCUCAAUAUAAAUCUCAAUAAUAAAUUUAUCGUGAUAUUAAGUUUGUAUGUGUGUGUGUGUGUGUGUGUGUGUGUGUGUGUGUAUGUGUGGGUAUACUAUACAUAAUAUGUCUGCUGAGUAACCCCAUACUACCGGACCAAAACUUGUUAAUAUUAUAUAGAUUGCACUAAAGCCGUAGGUACACACCAAUCUUAAAUAAUUAAUAUUUAGAAUUUCUCUCGGUGCUUAAAAUCGGUGUGAAAAUUAAUCGCUUGCAAUAUUGUAUCACGAACGCACGAUAACGCAAGCGACAACAAUUGAAUUGUGACGAUACGUUCGCGAAUAAAAUGCAUACGAGAUAACGAUUACGGGCAGUCGAAAAGCCGACUGAAAUUCGUUUGUCUUCACGCGGAAGUGUCCAAAAGCACAGAAUAUUAUUACAAAAUUUCCAUUGAUACUUUAUAAUAUAAUAUGCACAGCCGUAGUAAGCUAUUCUGACGCCCGGGGAAGAUAUGAAUUUACGCAUCCGGUGCCCGCUUCCCACUCGAAAAAAAAAUUCUCAAGUACCGUUUUAAAAAAUAUUAUUUAUCAAAUUUUCAGAUAAGCGUGUACUUAUUUAUUUUCGCUGAAGUACUGAAUAAAAAAAAAAAAAAAAAUUAAAUAUAGUAUUAAACGAAAGUGGAUUGUGUAAACAACAUAGGUAGGUAGGUACAAAGUUAUUCAAAAAUAUAAUAUUAUAUUCUUCUCGAUUCGACUGCCGAUAAUUCAUCAAUAACGUGAACAGAGUUUCCGGCAACUUAAUUUUCUACAUAGAUAAAAUAUUCAAAUUUGAUAACCUCUCCUGGCCCAUAUAGUGAAUGUCAAAUAGUUCUUAUUUAUGAGUAUGAGUUUGCUAGAGCUACGUUCACACGUAGCUACAUAGUCAAAGAGAUUACAUAUGGUAAAUACGGUACAUAAGUUUGGUAUUUUAAGUUUAAGAAUAAAAAAAAAUGUCAAGGUUUAACGCUCCCGUAAUAAAGGCGCCUCAGCGUCUGAUGCAAAUGCCUCAGUCGCCUUGCUACGGGUUCUGAAUAUACGAGUCGUUUUUAUCUCGAUAAACUCGAAAAGUUUACGCGUCUAAAACGAAAAUAUUUAACGUCAAUGUUUAGACCGAGCACAUGUAAGUUAUCGAGAAGACAAAAAAACAGCAGCGUUUACGCGAAGAAUUAUUCGUGAAAUGACACGUUCAAAUAAUAAAACAUAGUGCGUUCUAACCCUCUAACGUGUUCAAACGUGCAAAACACGAUUUUUCGUGUUCGAAAAUCAACACAGGAAACAAAUUUCGACCGAAUCCACUUUCUUUUAUACGGAAAAAAAAAACCAACGAAAAUCAACUAUGCAAAUUCAUUAUUAAGUUUACAGACCUGAUGAUAAUAUUGUUACUAUCGCGCGAGCGGGUUGGUAUUUUCGCAGCCGCGAAACGUAUCGCGAUUCCUGGGAACCGUUUCGUGACGUUUUCACGUCGGUUUACGAUUUAUCGCGUUUUCGUUGAGAAUUUCGCGGAAAUUGUCGACUUUAACGAGGUCGUCACCUAGACGUGACGUACGCCGUCUCCGCAGUCUUCUUGACGGGCGGUUUAGCAAAAGUGUAUUAGCGCGAAAAAAAAAACAACGAGCAACCCUUUAAAAUCGGUUUUAACGGUAAUGUAGACGUUAUCUACUCGUCUAUAUUUUUUAAUGCGCGGUUCGUCGAACGGCGACGUUCUGAAGACAAACCCGUCGGCUGGUUUUUAUUAUUUUUUUGUAUGAAAUAUUAAUAGGUAGUUUAAAUCUCCGUGGGAGGGUAUCAGAAUAAUCUCACGGUAUCUCUCUACCUAAUGUAACAGGCGACAAACGGGAUUGCGUCAGGUCGAAAUGCGACCGGUGUGAAAUGUUUUCGAAAAAUCAUUUGAAGUGCUCUAAACAAGAUUUGUGCGAAUUGUCACAUCCCGGAUGCAUACGGCGAGAAAAAAAAAAGAGAAUAUAUAACAUAGAAGUGUGACUAGAUAAAACGGAGAGAAGCGUCAGGUGUUUUAUGUGAUAAGAGAAUUCUAGUGAAACUUAAAGGCAAGUUCUAUAAGAGUGUAGUGAAACCAGCGGUAGUAUAGUUUGGAGUGUUUGGGGGUAGACCGAAAAAUAUAACAGAAUAUGAGUGUAUCAGAGAUGAGAAUGCUUAGGUGAAUGAAUGGAGCGACGGAAGAAAAUGGGAUAAUAUUGAGUAUAUAAGAGGUAACUUUAGGCCAGCUUCAAGGGCAGGCAAAUAAAAGAAAAUUUACUGAGAUGUUUUGAGCAUGUUAUCAGGAAAGACGAAUCAGAAGUAAUACAAAUAGAGAUGAAAACAAAUGUAGGAGGAAGUAGGAGUUUAAUACUGAUAAGAAGUCGUUGAAUAUAAUUGAUAGUGAUAAAUGUUAAUUGAUAUGAAGACAAUCAAAGAUAACCAAUGUACGUGAAGAGACAGAUCAGGUCAAGUUGAAAUUUAGGACGCACGUGGCUGACUACACAUGGUUGGAAUGGAGAAGAAGAAAAAGAUAAAUAGAUAAUUUACUAAGUCACGGUUAUUUAAAAAAAAUUAUGAAUAAUCGAAAAAUUUUGUUCUAUCUCUGAAACCGAUUUCUAAAAGUUUUUUGUUUGCUUCGCACGAACAUAUUUUGGUUAUAUUAUUCCAGAGACAGAGAAGGCAAACGCCACUGUGACGGUCACUAUUUAAAGCGAUUGGAUCCGGCGCUUUCUUGCUUGUCCAACACACGACACAGUCGCACGUAGCACAACAAUAUUUAAACAGAUUUCCACCGAAGACGUAGCGAAGCGAUACGAAUUCAGGAAACUGAUUUGAAUAUUAUAUUAUUAUGAAUUAUGAUGUCGGUCGGGUCACUCUUUCGAUUUUCAGUCCUUAUAUUGGAAAAUAUAUACAUAUAAUAAAUAAAUAAAUAUAUAUAUAUAUAUACACACAUAAAAAAGAAAACCCCAUAAAAUUACACCGUAAAAAGCGGAUCGGCCGAUAUCGCGUACGUUUCACCCGGAAUUCAAAUAGGUUUUCAGAAUAAUUUGUAUCGUUUCAAUACAUCGAUCGGAUUACCGAUCGAACGAAAACGUCUGCGCUGUGUUUAUUAUUCCUAUAUACUGUACAUGCCCGAAAAAAACUCGAUCCUUCUGUAUAGGUCCGUGCUCUGGCCAUCCAUCUCUGUCUCGGACGCCCUGGCGGUGUUUAACACUCUUCUGGUUCUUUUUUACCGCUUUUCGGGUCAAAUAUUCUAAUAUUGUGUCCUCGUGAUGUCCACCACGCACGUGCCUCGCCUAUAUAGCUUAUCAUUUCUCUCAGAUCUCGGGUUUUCCUUCAAUCGUACCGCGUCUCGGUGUUCUGGUCCGCUAUCUUUGACCCGAAUUUUACCUGCUUUUCUCUAGGACAUUGUGAAAUAAUUGCGUUCGGUUUUUUUGUUGUUUUUUUUGGAUUGCUUUGAUCGCGCCGCAGCGAAACCGGCGUCGGACCGGUUUUUCGUAGUCCAUCCGUUAUUAAUAAUUAAUUUCCCGAGCGUUUUUGUCUAAUACAAUACACUAUAACAUAAUGAAAUAAAAAUUUGCCAUAAUCACGCAAACUUGCGCUUUUGAGCAAGUCGUCGACUCGCACAGCGUUUCCAAUAAUAUUAUUUCAGUUCAUUUACGCCAAACUGCAGUUUAACAUGGUACAAACAGAUACAAUUGUAUAGCAUAUGAUAAUUAAUUUUUGAUGGUGCAUACAAUUAAAAAACAUAAUACAUAAUAUUGAUACAUUUUAAUUGAAUAAUGCUAUUAUUAAACAUGGCCAAAGGUAUUAAACGUUAUUUGUAGCAUUCGAUGCAUUAUGAAAUGGUUGCGUCCAUAAUAAGUUAUUUUAUGUGCUGAUAUUAUAUAGAAUUGGGAUUGAGCUCUGGAGGAAUAAAUCGAAAUUCUAAAACGUAUGAUUGCAAGGCGAUCAGGAACACCGGCUGAAUCAAUUAAACAUAAAGGAAAUCUUAAAUCAGCUUUUUGUGGCGGGUAGUUGUGGCGUUUGAAUAUUUAGAGCCUGUCUUAUUUUGGAAAAACCGUGAGGCGUAUGAUGAAUAUUAAAUUUAAAAUCUGCGUAAUUUAAAAGCUGUGUAUUUCAUACGCGUUCACGACGAAUUUGAUCUUUUGUUAAAUAUGAUGGCGUCCAAAUUGCUGAUCUGAAUUCCAGUUGAAAACGAACACGAGCAAAAUAUAAAUUGCUUAAACAGAUGACGGAUUUAAGAAUAAUUUUGCGUUACAGCAGUGACGUGCCCGUGGAGAGGGUAAAGGGGGAAAUCGCCCCCUCCCUCAUGGACAGUAUUUGUUUUUAGUGUUUUUACAAAUGUUUUGUAAAAUUAUUUUUAUGAAGUACCUAAUAGAACAUAGUAUGUAAUAAAUUGCAUACCUAUUUUCAAACGAUAAAUGUGUAACUCUUCCCUAUUCCUAUUCGGUGUAAACUUUAUAAGUUAUAACUUAUAACUCAUUAACGGCGGUAAAUAAUCUGAUAUUAAUGUUACGCGUAACAAAAUUUCUAGAAAAUUAUUUUCCAUUGGGAUUUGUGUUUAAAAAAAGGAGGGUAUCUAUUUGAAAAACAAGAGUCGAAUUAGGGUAAACAAUUAAAAACGAUGAAAAAUAAAUCUUAAACGAUUUCACGAUGAUUGAAAAGACAAAAAUACAGAAAACAAAUUCACUUAGAAUCCGCCGGGGAGAAUAUUUCCGGUUCGUGAUAACAAAAAAAAAUCACAAUCACAGUGUAUUGUUAUACGGCAGCGAGUAAUAAAUAAUACCGCAGUUCGAUCGUCGUGCGCGAUUAUUCAAAUAAUCCCUCCUACGACGGGAUUACGGUUUGCGACCUCGCGGACGUCCGUCGGUCCGUAUCCACGCGCGUGUGUGUCCGCCGCGUACGCGCAUAAUGCGUACGUACGCGUGUGUGUGCGUACAACAACAUCCAUAGGUAUGUGUUUGGACUUCGGAUUUUUUUACUUUUUUUCGGAAAUUGAUAAGAGUGCGCCGAACCCCCCCCCACCCGUUCUAACGAGCCCGAAACGAACAGAGAAUAUUAUAUUAUACGAUAGCGUUAUAUUAUUAUUAUUAUUAGUCGGGUAUAUUAAUAUUAUUAUAUUCUGUUCGCUCUUUGGCAAUUUGUAUCGCGUGCGCGUGUACAUAUACGCCGCCCCGGACCAUCUACACCCGCGCUUCGCCCACCCCACCCCCGUUAACGGAUUUACUAAAUUAAACCCGGGCGGCGUCGGCGGCGGCGUGGUCACGUAUCGCGCACUGUACAGGGUGAUCGGACUUUUUUCCGCAGGAAUCCGAUUUCCGGCGGGCUGGCCGCGAUCUCACGCCGUUUCGGACUCCGGACGUUGCCGUGCAGGAGGAGAUGACCGUGCGUGCGGGUACCCGAAAUCGUAUCGCCGUUAUAGGGAUCGGAGCCGUUAAAAUUUAGACGGGCGCGAUGGACGCUCGAUGGAAUAUACGAGUGUUUUCCGGUCUCUCCGUCCCGGAUAUAAUACUAUCAUCCGGUCUGAACAAUAAAAAUAUUACGAUUGUAAACCGUUACGACUCAUUAACGGCGCACGUGCGAUACGAAUGUGCAAGCUGCGACGAAACACGUUGAAAUAUAAUUAUCUUUACGAAACCGUGAUCCCGGGCGAAAAUAUUGCCGGGGGUGGGUGGAAACACGUCGAUACAACCGCUGUUGGGUAUAACAGGCGGGUAACAAUCGGAAAAACGGGUCCGCGUAUUCGACGUGUGUACCUAUACGCGAUAAAUCGUUGCGUACGAAAAAAACGAUUCUGAGCGAAGCGUUGAUUUUUUUUUUAUGGUUUCACUCUCGUGGCCGCCAAGGGAAACCCGUGGGAAUCGACGAAAAUCGAAAAAAAAACAUGUACGAGACGAAUCGCUGAACAUUUCGAUAAAUAGCCGCUGUGCCGCCAAGCGGAAAUUCCGCAUCUUUUAUUUAUAAGGUAAAAUCGGAGCAUUUUUACUAACUGGAUCUGAAGAAGAAGAAAAAGAAACGGAUCUAAAACGAUAAAAUAUAAUAUGUUUUAUAUCGUUUAUAUAUCGAUGGCUUAAAGGAGGCCAAAUACGGUGUGUCACAGACGCAGGAUUUUUCAAGAGGGCCAUUUAGAGUUUUCGAAUCUCUUUCGCACGGUCGUAUAGGUUUUUUAUUUUCUCGAAUUAAAUGUAACGCGUCCCAACUCGCGCUAAAAGGCUGUGUGCCGUCGUAUGUUUUACGGUGAAUAAAUACAUUUUCCACUCGUAUCGUUGUCCGUAGACUUACCGUUAAACGAUAUAAAAAUUCGUUAAAAUACGACCGAGACUUGAGAAAAAAAAAAAAAUUCACAAGAGAAUACUAAAACGGACUCCGCGUUAGUCCGUUUCACGGACGUUCAACACUACAACGUAACAAAGUUUUUUUCAAUACGUACAUGGUACAGCGGCGGAUACAGAGUUCAAUUUUUGAAGUGGGAGGGAAGGUUUGUUUCCUUUUUUAAAAUUACUAUUAAGAAAAAAAUAAAAAUAAUAAAAAAAGAGGUGAUACUGCGGGGGACGGGCACGGCCUGUGCCGUAUCUGUAUUAAUAUUUAAUUCCUUGAAUCUCGGUUUCCUAAUUUUCUCAAAAAAAUUAUGUCUUUUCAAUACGAAAUUUGUUGUAAAAUACCUGUGAAUAAUGUGACGAAAUGAUCUGUGAAUAACAGACACAGAAUAUAUUCUGUUAUUUCGUUGGCAAGAUCGCGGUUCUACAUGUUUAUUUAUUAUAAAACAUGUUGGUAACAAUCCUGAUAAGGUGAUUUGCGCCCAAAACGUUCCAACAUCACUAUCGAUAAUAUUCGGAUUGCUAUCGAUCGAUAAAUCGGUAUUUUUUUUAUGUUUUCUGUAUUAUUCUGGUAUUUAUUGUACAAAAUUUACAAAUUGUAUACAUAUUUUAAGUACGUACAACGGUAAAAACGAAAUUUGUUCGCACUAUAAUAAAUUGUAUUUUGCGUUAUAGCAAUUAUUGCACAGUGCCUAUGUUAAAAUUGUUCGAAUUUAUUAUUGUCAUAUGACAUAAAAUUUCCAAAAAAACGUAAAAUUGUUUACUUUAACGUUACCUAAACUGAGUGCCAGUAAGAAAAAUUGUGUCGAACAGUAUAUACCUGUAGUCUGUACCUAAGUUCUGCGCACGCCACUGCCGUAUAGGGAAGUUUAGACGGCGGGACACUUUUGGGUUGUUUAAUUUAUUUACCGUAAGCGCCGGCAAACCGUUGGCUAACUUGAAAUUUUUCGAUCGGUGUAAGAUUUCCAGUAGAAAAUUUGUUCGAGGACGGAGGGGAAAAAAAAUAGUAAAACGACAAAAAUAUGUUUGUCGCUUAAAAAAUAAAUAAUAAUUAUCAUUUGUGAAAGUGAAAAAUCAUCGGGCCUCCAGGUCCCUCCUCCGGAUCCGCCACUGAUACGAUAUCACGACACAUCUGCGUGCGCGGGGGGGGGGGGGGUAGUUCGGGGGUUAAACCACCCCCCUCCUCCUCACGCGUCGGCUUAGAAAUACAGCGAAUCGCGAGUAAUUUAAUAUCGUCGAAACGCAUAUGUUUUGGGUGAGUUACGGUGCUGUAAAGUUUGACGCGUUGAAAUCGGCUUUUUCUUUUUUUUUUUUAUAUAUACGUUAUAGGGCUUUUAAAUUAUCGAUCCCCGCAGUCGCUAUUCGACCCGUUCACGUACGCCGCGAAUGAUUCAGCGCCUAACCUUAGUCGCUCGUCCCGCGCGUCCUCUCCCGCGUCAGUCCGGGCGAAAUUCCCGGGCGCGCCACUGGCCGUGACGCCAAUAAAAGGGCACGCAGUACAUUGUCCGCCGGACAAAAAAGAAAUCAACGCGCGUCGCGGUUUUACGUUAUUUUUUUCCGUCCCCCUCCACCCCCCCUAACCCCUAGCCCCCAAACCCCAACGCCCCACUCUCCCCGUCGGACCCGUCGGUUCUCCGAUCGCGGGGGACAGUAGUUAUUAUUUGUUUUUUUUCGGGACGCCCGAGCGCUCGGCGAAAGGCUCGGCCCGGCCGGAUUUGCCCGGUCGCGGACGCGUGUUUUUUUUUUCCAACGGUACACACGCGCGCGUAUAACGAACGGAAAUCAAAUAUUUACGCACUCGGAACGCCGUUUUUCUGAAGUAUCGCAACGGUAACGGUAAAAAUGUUAUAACGAUGAUAGGGGGUGUGGGGGUGGUGGGGAGGGGGAGACGUAUCGGCGGCGGCGCCGCAAAUUAAUAUUAUCGUUAUUACUAUUAUUAUUAUUAUUUUUGUUGUUAUUAUUAUUAUUAUUAUUGUUAUUGUAUUGUAACGUCGGCGGACGUGUGUCCGAAAAAACGAACCGCCCUGUAUAAAAUUAUUGUACGCUAUACCGGCGCGUUAACCGAUAAUAAUAACGACGACGACGACGGCGGCAACGAUGAUAAUAAUAAUAAUAAUAAUAUGAUAUCGCGGCGGCGUCGUCGGCGGCGGGGUUCGCGCGCGUUUUCGCCGCCGUGGCCGCCACCGGUACGCGGCGGUAGGUAGGCGAAAAGAAACGCAGUGGACGUGGGGUGCGGGGUCGACGGCGGCGGGAACGGUUGGGGAGUGGGGAGGGGGGUGGUGGAAAAAGCGGGCGGAAAAAAAUAGGGCCGUCUUCGGCGGGUUCGCUGGCUCCGUAGUCGGACGUACCGCGUAGUCGUCGUAUAGUCGCCGUCGUCGUCUGGUCGUCGUCGUCGUCAUCGCCGUAUAGUCGCCGUAGUCGUCGUCUCCGCCGCCGCAGCCGCUGCCGUCGUCGUCGUGCCGCCAUCAGCCGCGAGAGCAACUGGCGCUGCGGCGCCCGAAAUCAAACGAUAUUUAAUUUUCCGGGCGCAAAAGUCGCGCGCAGUAAUAUACGUAACGUUCGACCGUCGGCACACUCCGCAAGUCACGCGCGUUAACAACCGUUCCGACGCGCUGUUCACGCGGCCGCGGGCCCGACGUCCGCGUCACACCGACCGUCGCGUCCCACCGACCGUUUUCGCCGGUACCGUCGCCGGGACGAAAUAAAAUUUUCAAUUUUGCAAAUUUUUUUUUUUUCAUCGCUAUGGUAGCGCGCGGCGGCCCGAUUAGAGCAGCAUCGACGCCCGACGAUACCGCGACCAAGACCGCGACCGAGACCACGACCGCGUCAGCCGCCACCACCGCCACCGCCCCCGCCGCCACCACCGCCGCAACCGUCGUCGUCGCCGCCGCCGCCACCAAGGCUACCACGAUGGGCAAAUUAUUUUCGUGCAUACGCAAAACCGCUUGGUAUGACAUUAUUAUUCGAAAGCGAUUAUUAUUAUUAUUAUUAUUAUUGAUUCCCCUCGCCGCCGCCGCCGCCGCCGCCGCCACUCGACCACCCCCCCCUCCGUAAACGUUUUAGUGCACCGCAUGAACGACAGCGGUUAAAAAUUCGACGUGCGCGAUCCACAAAACGGUCAAUUAUUAACGAGUUAAAAUUUUAGCGAAAAUUUUUCCAUUCAAAUAAAAUUCAAUUUUUUUUUUUUUUUUUUUUUUUUUUCUCCCCGUCUUUCCUGCCUGUACCUAUAUUAUGUAUAAAUAAUUAUUGCGACGUUAUCGGACGCGAACGGUUUACGAUCCGCAAUAAUUAUCGCGUGUUACACGUUUCGCACCCCGAUACAAUUUGAAAUUUAAACGAAUCCGGAUUUGUUUUUUUUUUUUAUUUUCCUACCUACCUAAUAUAAUAUAUUACCUAAUUACCUAUUUACCUAAAAAUAUUAUAUUAUAAUAUUAUCGAUCGAAAAUUAUUAUAUUCGACGCGAGUGUCCGGGCCGCACGCAAACGGUAAAUUAUUCAUCGCAAUUAGCUUUAUGUACAUAUAUAAAUGUGUAUAUAUUAUGCACUCUGGCACCGAUAAAAUUUCAAAAAAUUUUUUUCACCCACCUAAAUAUUAAUAUCGAUCGGAAACUGUUGUACUCGAGGCGAGAAUCCGCGUGUGUCCGGGCCGCGGAUCGACAUAAACGGCGAAUUAUUCAUUGCAGUCGGCCGUAAAUGUACUAUUUUACAGUAUGCGUUUCGCACUCUGCGGGACGCGCACAAUUAAUCGAAAUGGAUUAUUUUCUGUUUUUUAUUCGAAAAAGUCGUAAUUUUUGUUUCCCCCUACCCGCGUACGCGUGCAAUAGUAUACCAUCAAUCGGAAUUUAUUAUGUUCGACGCGAGAAUCCGCGAGUGUUCUACGCACAAACGGCGAGAACAGUAUUACAACUAUCGGUAGGUGUACGUUUUUCGCGCUCCGCGGGACGAACGAGUCGAGACGGGCUUUUUUUUUUUAAUACUUGAAUAUUAUUUAUAUCAAUCGAAAAUUAUUAUAUCCGAUACGAGAAUAAUUCUAGGUACGUAGAUACAGACGGCAAAUUAUUAUUACGCAUGGAUAUAAGUUUUGCGCUUUGCAGGUUAAACAAAUCGGAGCGGAUUUUUAUUUUUAUUUUUUUUACUCGAAUAUCAUCAAUCGAAAAUUAUUACAUUUAUCGCGAGAAUAAUAAUCCGCGAGUGCCUAUCCAGGCGUAGAUAGACACAAACAGCAAAUUAUAAUUAUGCGUAGGUAUACAUUUUUAGUGUACCGUGGCGCGCGAAGAUAAUUUUCGCGAUUUUUCUUUUUUCCAAUUUCUCUAGAAUUUAAAAUAAAACCGAGAAAAGUUAAUUUUUUUUUUUCAACGCGAAAAUUCAAGAAGAAUCUCAGUGCUAUUGUUAAUUGAAAUAAACCGGUACAGUAUAGUAGUUAGACUAGUAUUAUUAUUUGCAAUUAUUUUUUUUUUCGGUAAAAGACAAAAAUGCCGUAUAAUAGUUUGGAUCGGUGUUAGGCAAAAUGUUAUCUAGAUUAUUGAUUAACGAUUUUUUUUUUUUUUUAUUAUUAUUCGAAUACAUUUUUAUUCGAACGACUAUUUAAUCGAAUACAAUUUUAUUUAAACAACGCCCUUCUGGUUUGAAGUCGGCAAUUUUCGAUACGAAUUUAUUUCUAUCGACAAACUUUUUUUUCGUUAUAAUUUUUAGAUUCUGAGCGGAGCGAAUGAUGUGUUAGUUUUACAAUCCUGUUUAUUUUUUUAUUUUUCUGUGGACAACUUUUCUACCAGCAAUUCGAUUCUGAUUUUCAAGUGUAGCACAUUUUCUAAAAGUGAAUCGGACCGGAGUAGUACUUAUGGGAGGUCGUUAUUUGAUUUUUUUUUUUUUCGGGGAUUUUCAUAAUAAACGGGAAAACGGGAAAUUACAGGUACAAUGUUAAACAAAUAUUAUUGAAGAAAAUAUAUAAUGCACAUAUGUAAUCUAUGUUUACCGUAACAUGAUUUCGUUGAAAAAGCAAUAGCAUUAACAAAACUCCGUUCAGCAUCGUUUUUCAUUGGCAAUGGUUAAUAUUGUUGCUCACAGAAUAAAUGCAUUAAACCGUCUAUAACAGUGGCUGCACCCGUUCCGAUUAUCCUAGGACAGGUUUUUGUGUCCGACGAUACUUUUAUAGCAAUGUUAAAUGUUGUCUCUACAUAUAUAUGUAUAUAUAUUGCAAAUACCUACAAAAAAUAAUCGAUCCUCCCGUCGCCCCCACCCCUCCCUCUCCCUCAAAUACGCCGCUGUAAUGUUCUCGAAUUUAUUAGAUAUUACCUACUCACUAUUAUAUAAGUGUAUAAAAUGAAAUUGGGCGUACAGGAAUAUAGGGGCGUACUAACUAAAAUGUCUAAUUAUGAUUUUAUUCCGGACGGAGAGGAUAUAAUUUUUUAAAUGACGUUACAAAUAGCAACACUUCGGUAACCGAACUCCACUCAGAAUUGGUUUUUUUUUUUUCGUUAGCGAAGGUUAAUUAAUUGUAUUGAAUUUCUCCCCUCCCCCCAGGUUUUCCGACCUUCCCGACGUCUCGCCUACAACAGUGGCCCGUCCGUCAUGCGAAGUAUGUCCGACCCUUUUAUGCUGUUCGCCAGUGCCGCAACUACAGUAUUGAGCCCCCGGUUGAAAAAUUUUUUAGAGGCCCUUUUACUGUAGACAUAAAUAUUAGUGGCGGACAGGAGACAGGCAUUUAGAGAAUUCGUGUAUCCGACAAAAAUGUCCUACCCGCUUGCCAUUUUUCUUUGAUACCCGCUAAUUAUGUAAUAAAAAAAUGUCUAACCGCACAAUAACAUUUACAUAAUAUUAUAAUAUCAUUAUGUCUCAAAUUAAAAAAUAUUACAUACUAAUAACAAAAUAAAACCUAUGAAACCUUAUUAUAGGUAUAUUUAUUACAUUUAUAAAUGGUGCACAUUUUUUUAUCUUGGUAAUCAAAUGUUUAAAUUAGUCAGUGAAUUCCGUGACAGAUAAAGUUGGUAAAAUUGACGAUAGGUACAAACGAACGAAAACCCACUGCGCAAUCGGAAUAAAUAUAAACGCAUUUAUAAUCAUUAUAUUAUCAAAACUUUUUACUAACGCAAUUAUAUACAAAAUAAAAUCAAGGAAUUACGUUGUUUAUUUUUUUUAUCAGAAAAAUCGUUAAUUUAUUUACCAAUAUCUAAUUCUUUUGUACGAUUUUAUUUCAAUAUUUAAAAUACUGAUGUUUGUGUGACGAUCCCGUGAUAUGGAAUUUUUUAAACAGUUCUUAAUAAUUUUAUUUUUGAAAAUAAACGCUCAACAGCGGCUACAGUAACUGGUAAUGUUACGAAAAUUAUACAUGCAUAUAGUACCUAUAUCGUUAUAAGUGAUAGCCAUAUCAUUGUCCAAAAUACACUGCAAUCGAUUUCAACUAUCAUAUUUUGUUUUUAGAGUAACCUUGAACGUAUUUUGUAUGCAUAAUAUUUGUCCUCGGGUUUUCGUAAAAUAAUUGAAAACCAUAUGAGAUGCUUUAACAAUAUCAUUUUCACCGAACAUUAAAAUGUUUUGGGGUGGAGAAAAAUUAAACCUGUUGGCGGUUAAUUCACACAAACUGUUGAAUCUUGUUCUAAGUUGAACAACCGCUGUAUCAAUUAUAGGUAAAAAAAAAAAAAAAAAACCGAUGCUCUUAAGUUUCCACUAGUGAUGUCAUGUAUUCUAUCGCCAUCCACGUCGUCAGAAAAUCGAACGGUGUCCGCGUACGACCGUCAAUGUAAAAUAUACUCGUGAAUUUUUGGUUGUACUUUUUUCUCGUCCGGAUGGCGAAUAUAGUAUUAUAUUCGCAAUGCCAACAAACCACCCACCUGCUGCAGUGCGCAACGCCAACGCCGAUUACAAUACGAGUAACAUACUAUUAUUACCGUUUACAAUAAUAAUAUUCACGAUCGGGUUUUUAUUGUUAUUUUUUUUUUUUUACUCCCGGUCCGUUUCGUCGGCAGUUUUCCGAGACACGGUUACACGCCGACAAAGGUGCGCGUCGCUCGCGCGGAAACUGUAAAAUACCCGCGUUAUUUAGCAAAAACGCCGCCGUACGCGCAUUAUAAGAGGGAAAAUAACAAUGUUCAGUUAGACGAAAUUAUAAACGGGGGAAACAAAUAAAAAAAAAAAAAAAAAAACGACUAAAGCCUUUCUGCAGCCCCGGGGGCCCGAGGAUCCCGUACACGAUUCGGCAAUAUUUGCCGUGAUAUUAUAAUAAUUUCGAUUCCGCCCUUCCUACACCCUCCCCCUCACCCCGUCAAACACACGGCCUCCCACCUAUCGCCGCCGCUUCCGAAUCCUUUUGAAACAAAAUCAAACGUUAUUCCUACACAUUACAUUAUAUAAUAUCUAUUUCGUAACUGGGGAAAAAAAAAAAAAAAAAAAAAUCAUCACUUUUAUUACUCGGAUUUUAAUAUACGAGUAAAAUGUACAAAAUAUAUAUAUAUAUAAUUUAGUUUUUCAUUUAAAACGCCGAAUUUCUCGUUUGCUGCAGUAUAAAAAAAAACCUCAUUUCUUUUUAUAUAUAUAUACAUAAAGUAAAAUUUUUAAUGAAAUUCGGCUUUUUAAACGGAGCCGGACCGCGCGUAUGUAUUUGCGCGAGUUUGUUGAAUCGUUUGUAUUUCGAUAUUUAAUACGAGAGAUGAAUAAUACUCCUCGUUCCGCGUGUGGGCGCGCUCGUCGGCGUUUGAAGAACGAAAUAUUAUGCAAAUAACUGAAAUACGAACGUAAUAAUACGCGUAAUGUUCGCGUCGAAAGGGUAAAAAUCCGUUGGUCGGUCUGUUUUUCUCGUUUUCGUUAUUUCGUCCUCAGAAAAAAAGAAAAAGAAAAAAGAAACAAUGUAAUAGAAAAUACCGAUACGGCGAAAUUAUUAUCGGCGCAAAGGCAGCCGGGUCGCGGCGCCGUCGCCAAAAUAUCCAACCGCGCGACUACCUACCCAUCUGUUUUUCGUUUUUGAAAAAGUCGCCCUCGAGCGCGUAACGAAAUUAUUACGUUCGACGUUUUUUUUUUCGCCUUUUUUUUUUUUUUCUACAUUUUUAAUCCCGACCGGAGACGGUGGCGCGGUGGCCGUAGAAAACCGACGGGAGCCCGCACUUUUCGCCUUUGGUCGAGGUAACGCGCCCCGAAAUCGCCAUAUCGCCCGUCCACGCGCGAUUCGCAUCGCCUGCGUAAUAUCAAGAUCGGUACGGUUAUGAUCCGGCGGUUUUGUAAUUUCAAUUUCGAAUGCGUCCGAUUAAAUUAUUCGAACUCUCAUUAUUAUAUAUUAUUAUUAUGGACUGCACCAUACGGCGACCUGACCCGUGGAAAAUUACUUUCGUUCUCUUCGCUGUAUUCGUGUAGUGCAUUUUCUUUUCGAACAACUAUAGCAAGGCUGGGAAAUAUAGUUGAAUUUAAAUUUAAACAAAUUCAAUAACUAAAUGUCAAUUCAAGAUAAUUUAUCGAUUCAACUAAGUUAGAAGUUAACCGAAUGUUACGAUUAACUGUUUUAACACGAGUUAAGUUAACCAAAAAAAAAAAAAAAAACCAUACAUAGUGUUCAAUACCUAUUAUAUAAUGAACUGAUACCUACAACGCCCAACCGGUGACAAUAGUAAAAAAUAACAGGGAUUCAUAAUAUAAUAAUUAGUAUUUUAAAAUGUCGAUAAUAAGAAUAUAUAUUUUAUUUUUAUGAGUAUAAAAAUACAGUUUGAAAUCAACUUGACUUGUUUAAAUGUAAAAUUACCUUUAAUCAAUUAAAAGUUAAUUCUUUCGUAUUCCUCAUGUUAGAAAUUAAAUUGGUAGUUCAAUAAAAAUUAAUUUAUAAAGCUGAAAAGAUAAAUUAUCUUAACUGUUUAACUUAACUUUAACUUAUAAACUCGUUAAUGUCAAGCCUUGAAUUACUUAGUGUGCUACUGCGCUACAGUUUAUGUAUCAAAUAUUUUAUUUUUUUUGGAGGGUGGGGGAACUUGAAACAAACAAUUUUACUAUAAUUUUUUUUUUUUUAAUAAAAUUAAAAAUAGCCAUUUGUAAAACAGAUGUUUGGAAAUUGUUCAGCGGUUGAAACUUUUUAUCGCGAGUAUUAUAGUUUUUUUUUUAUUUUCUACAGUUUUCUGAAGUUUUCGUAAAUAUAAACAAUUUAUUAUAAUAUAAUUACGGUCUAUAUAAUUUAUGUUUUAAUAACAUUUAAUAAGUGUUCGAAGCACAUCAAAUGAGAAGGAAUUGCUUUCCCGUGAGUUAUAAUAUCGUAUAUGAUAAUUCUAUACUGACUACUGAUUGAAUAUUUUAUUACAAUAGAUUACUGACCAAAAUUAAUAUUCACAUUUGUGAAAACUUCAAAAAAAUUAUCAAGACCAUAAAUCUAAACAAAUUUUCAAUCACCGGAGACGUUAAUGUAUUAAAUGUAGCGCAUAGGCAUACUAACUAUUAAAAAAUAAAUACAUGUUAUUUCAAGUGUGUCAGAACACCGUGGGACACUGUAUAUGUAUCUCGGUGUAACGAAAAUUUUAAAUACUAUAUCAUGAUUAAAGACAAUUUAUAAGACGUGUAUCGUCGUAUUAUUUGCAGCUUCACUUCAAUCGUAUGAAAAUUUAUUUUUUUUCGUUUCUAUAAAAAUAUUACUCUUCAUAUUAUCAUCUUAUAAUAUACACACAGUUUGUGCGGUUACAUGUUUGAUUUCAAAAAGCGAAAGAAAAAAAAAAUGCUCUAAUAAAUAUAUUAUGGGAAUUGUUCUUAAAACAAUAAUUGAACUGGCGUCUGACGGUAGGAUGGGAGGGAACUUCAUUAUAGCCCAGAAGUAAAAUGUUGUUAAAAAAAAAAAAAAAAAAAAAAACCAGGGAAAUAUCACUUAAAAAAUCAUAUCAUUUUUGUUGAGAAAAAAAAAAUAAUAAUAAUUAUAUGGAAAUACGUUAUCACAAGAAUGGGAAAAAUCUUGGAAGUAUUAAACAGGAAAAUAUGAUAAUCCUUACAAUAUUAUCCAUUCUGACGUUUACCCUUUUAAUUUUUAUCAUUAUUUAUUAGCAGUUAUAUAAUAUUUGUGUUUUGGAUUCUGAGCUUAUUAUUCUCGGAAGAGAUUUUUCGGUAAACGAAAAUAUUCGGAAUUUUGAUGAUGUCACGUCUCAAAAGUUGAGCAUUUUCCGCCCGGUGGUACUUUGUACUAAAAAUCAGUGUUCCUAAAUUCUCAAAAUUGUAUUUUUAUAACAAAUUAGAAAACUAGAACCGUUACUGUGCGUCACUGUUGUGAGUGGAAUGAACUGGGAAGGUUGGUAUUGUUGGUAUUGGUAAUGCCAUUUUCAUUUAUAAGCAAUCGUUGUUAACGAAAAACGAAUCUGAGCGAGAAAACUAAAAUCCCUUCCCCCCCUUAAAUUACCUAAAUAGAGCAAUAAAAAAAUACAUUAUAUAAUAUGUAUAUAUUAUAUAUCUGUGGCUUAAGAAGGGCCAAUGACAAUUUAUGAAAAAAAUUCGUCUGAAAAAUAAAGAAAAAGUGUACCACUCUUAUUUAUUAUUUAAAUAAAAAUUGGUUAAGUUUGUAUGAAAAUUACAUAAACAUUUACAUUAAAUAAAAUAAACAGAGCCUUAUGGGAGAUUAAAAUGUCAAAGCCCAUUUCCCAACAAACUCAAAUGUGACAUUGGCCCUUCUUGCACCAAGUCACAGAUAUAUUUACAUAAUAUGGUUUAUGUAUUUCUCUUCUUUCUGUAUAAUAUUUUCUUUGUGUAUAAUAACAUGUUAAAACCGCUAACAAUUUUCCCUGUAUAGUGAGUGAUGGUUUUUGCAAAGUAUUUUGACUCAAACGAAAUAAAAAUAAUAAAAACCAUACAAAUUGUAUAUUAUUUAAUGAAAGUGUAUAUUAUAUAUAUUUUCUUUUAUUCAUAACUACAUAAAUCCGAAAAUUCUUCGACGAUAGAUGAAACACACAAUAUAAUAAUAUUAUAAUACCACGUUGUUUCGCGCGGGUAUAUUUAAAAAUGUGUACAAUUUCGUUCUACUCGUUUUUUUCCGAAACAUAGUUGUUCGAGUCGCUGCGCAAUUUAUCGUUUUGAUAGUGCGAAUUACGAUUAUACUUAUUUCUUAUCCACUUGUUAGAGUAAACGCGCGGAGAAAGACACGCGCCGUUUACAACUAUAAAUAAUAUGCAUAGGAAUACCCGGGGUUAUGGAAAGGAACUUAAAAAAAAAAAAAAAAAAAUCAAAGAUACAAUAAGAUACUUUUGAUUUUUUUUUUUUUUAAAUUUGCAUAAUUCAACGUCAGUCCGAUAAAUAUCUUGUUGUACCAGCUAUAACUGUAUAGGUACGAUACCGUAAUACUUAUUUUAAUAUAAUAACGAAUGAAAUAAUUGUAAUUAUAUUAUUAUGAUGGCGUAGCAAUCUACAUUUGUCAAGAUCAAAAGUGCAAAAUAAAACGUAAUAAUAGUAUUAUAAUAUAAAUAAAGGUAAAUAUUUUGUAAAGUCGUUAAUCGAUAUUAAACUGCAACGUAAACCUACAAUAUCUAGAUGUAUAAUUUUUAACGUUAUUCGUACCGAUUGAUAUUCUCGUUGGAUAUUAAAAAAAAAAAAAACCCUAAUCUCUCGAAUAUACAUAUAAUCUUGAUCGCAAAAAUAUACUCGAUACCGCAAUAAAAAAAAAGUAUUUCAAUACGAGAUACGCCGUGCUUGAACUAAAAAAACCGGGGUUGGUAAUAUACGCGUAUAAAACGUUUUAUACGUUACACAUAAUAUUGUAAUACCCCACGUAAAAAAAAAAAAAAAAACGUAUAAAACGUUAUAACGACCAAUACACAAGGAAUUAUAUGCAUUUUUUCCUUUGGAGUUUAUUACAAUAGUGAUUAUAAUACUGUACAUUUAAAAUUUUAAUAAGUAUUUAAACUAAUCAAAUUAAUAUACCUAUAACAAAUUAACAAAUAGCAUCAGCUUGGGUGAAUUUUAGUUUUUUGAACUCAGUGAUUAAUAUACCAAAUUAUCACCAGUGUUGAGAAUUAUCUAGACACAAAAUUACUCAUCUAUUAUCUUAUCUAGAUAACUAAUGUACCAUUUACAUAUUGGUUAUCAUAGAUGACACAUUCACUUAUCUAGAUAAAUGUAUAUAAAAUUAUCUGUAUCUUAUCUAGAUGCAAUUUCCGUUAUCUAUUCUCAACAAAGAUUAUCACAUAUUACAUAUUAGUUAACUAAUAUAAGUUACAAGAUAUGAGAUAUUAUAUACAAUGAUGAUUAAAUGUCUGUGGUUAUCACAUGUCAAUAUCAAUUGAAAGUUGUUUUAUCAGAUAACUGCUGUACAGCCAAAAAAAAAAAAAAAAACAAAAAUUGCAUGCAGUAUAAUACGUGUUUUAUACUUAAUAAUUUAUUAUACGUUCCAACCCUGAAACACAAAUAUAUUUCAUAUAAUAUUAUAAUUAUAUGAAGUCUGAAGCGUCAAAAACACCAAAAACCGAAAAGAAGGUUGAGAUUUUACUGUUCUGCUUAUAAAAUCAAUACAUGAAGUCAAAGCUUUCAAAGUACAUUCGCGCGGCGUGUGUGCCCAUAUUUUAUAAAACGGUUAUCAUACAAGAGUUAAUAAUGCAGACAUCAAAUUUCGUUAUAGACGGUUUCGUUCCCAAAUUUGCACCGCAGCUGUUUUUGAUACCAACAACUUUAUUAAUAAGUUUUAAACUCCGAGCGUAUAGCGAGGAAUGUUUAUGGCUAUACAAUGAGGUUUUUUUAUUUUUAUUUUUUUUUUUUAUCUUUUUAACAACUCUCCUACCAGAAAACUCGCUUCGAAAAUAAUCCGAAAAACUUGGAAAAUAUACGUACACGUAUAUAAAAGAAACUUCGCUCCGAAUCGUUUUUCGUUUGCAAUGGUUCAUCGUUGCAUACAGAUAUAAAUUAAAUUCUCCUCUGUAUCAUACCUUCUCAACGAAUCAUUUACAACAGUGGCCCAACCAUCGUGCAAAGGUUGUCCGUCUUUUUUAUAAUAUACACGGUUUUGAAACCGAGACUUUAAUUGCGGGUGUUUUUUUCUCCAGUCACGUCCUCAAGCUCCGGACGGUUUUCGAUUAAUUUAUUACGGUUUAAUGAUUAACAGCAAAGGUAAUACUUAUUUAAAUUUAGCAAUGACUGUGGGCGCAUUUUUUUUUUUAAUAAUACUGAUUUCACAUUUUAUUUUUAGUGAAAAAUUGGAUAGAAUUGAUUAUCAAUAUCUGAUAUUUUUUACGAUUUGACCGUUUGAAAAAACCCCGUUUGGAGAAUCCGUUCUUUUGGCACGGGUUUGAUACUAUAGAGGUACAAUAUGUAGAGUUAGUGUACGAAUUGGGGGGCAGGGUCCUCCGUACCUCAACUAAUUUUGCAGAAAUUUUACAGCGUAUAUAUAUAUAUGUACAUACGUACAUAUGUAUGCUUAUAAAAAAAGCAAAAAAACUCGCGAUAAGCCUUGCGUUUUGUUUUCGAGCAUUUUCAGUGGGCCGCAACGAUUUUAAUCACGCGAAACCAAAUAAAAGCCUAAAACAACUCGACAAAUUCGAAUGACUAUUAUUAUAAAUCACCGGAAAAUUGCCAGAUUGUUUUGCAGUGCGUAUACUAAAUGUCUCGAAAAUGGUACUUUGUCAUUCGAGUUCAAUAUAAUAUUGCAAGGGACGCUGGUUUUUCGCGAGUAUUUUAGUAUCUCGCUUUUGGCGGUGGGUGGAAUGGUUUUAAACUGUACCCGGGGUACGGGUUAACACCAAAUCGUAUAUGAGGCUCCUAGAAUACGAGGAGCUUGGGUGACAUUUUAUUGAUUUUGAUAAAAUCGAGUUUAAAGUUAUUUGCAUUCAAUAAUAUGUUAUUAUGACAUUUUCAUAUGAAGACCAUUUUAGUGCGAUCUAAUAUUUGAUACUAGAUCGCAAUAUUCAUAACGGAUAAUUCACUUAUAUUUCUUUACCAUAAACAUUCGUGGUUCAGCGGAACGCUUAACUCAGAUUUUCUUUUUAAAAAUGUCACUUAUACCCCUUGUGUUUUAGGCGCCUCAUAUGUAAGCUGCACCCGAGUUUUUAUCAAUAACUAUAAAACGGUAUGAUACAUUAUGUAAACUGUGCCGGAGUAAAAUUUGAAAAAUCGACAACUCAAUAUUUUCACAAAAUUGAACGCUGCGUAAUUAUAAAUUAUAAUUGUUUAGCCGUCGUAACUUGACUGAUCGAUAGAUACUCGAUAGCGGACCGAGGCUGCGCGCAGUGACAUUGUCACAAUAUAAUAGUCGUGUAGUCAUAUUAUUUGAUAACAUGUCGGUAUUUUCGCAAACACUAAUAUGGUUUUACCAAACGCGUCAUUUUUAUACGGUCGCGUGCCGUAUAUUUCAAUAUUUUUGCGAGUGUUUUUAAUGAAUUUGAACGGAAAAUUAACCGAAGUUGUAUUAAAGUGUGAAAUACGAUCAUAACGAACUGGACACAGUUUACGUUAUAAACCAUUGAUAAAAACUCGGUCGUCGCUGUUUACAAAAACAAAAAAAAAAAAAAAACCGUCGUUAAAGCGUAGGUCACGUAUUAUACCUGAGGGAGUAAUUGUUUACAGUAUAGACUUGCACAUUGAGGUUUUGACGUUUGCCACGCGAUUUUAUUGUGUGCAGCAUUACCGUUUUGAGUAAAAAAAAAAAAAAACCACGCGCCGUCAUCGCGGCUGCUGGCUGUGAAACGAAAAGCUCCUUUUCGAUCUGCCAAGCGGUCUUUGAAAUCUAUCAUAACCAAUUCGAUAUUGACAACGCCGUUUAAAAAAUAAAUAAAUACAAAAAGCCACGACGACUUUCCGCACCGUCAAAAACUAAUAUUCGUCAAAUUUCGUCGACGAACGGUGUUUUUUUUAUUUUUAUGUAUAUACAUAUAAUAGAUACGUAAAUAUUAUUUUUUUUAUCGAAAGUGAAAUAAUUGCUACGGAGGAAAACGGGACGAAAGGGGUAGGUGGGGAAAUACAAAAUUUAAUCGGUCCUGAAUAUAAUAGUGUGUUUUCAGUAUUAUAGAGGUACCUCUAUAUAUAUUUAUAUAGUAAAUAAUAUUAUGAUAUCGGUAAUAGACGCUACGUUAUUUAAACCGAACGGAAUUAUUAUUUAUUUAUUUGUUUUUUUUGUUUUGUUUUUUUUUUUUUUUUAAAUAGCGUUAAAUUUCCGCACAAUUACGUUCAAUUACAGACACCUAUACACUAUCGUAUUUAACGGGCUUUAUAAAAAAAAAAAAACAGAAAUGAAGGGAAAAAAUCCGAAUAAAUAUAAUUAUUGUGUUGUACGGACCAUCGUCGCGACGUUUCUUGAGUUCAAAAUCGGUUUGUAAUUAUAUAUAUAUAUAUAUAUUUUUAUAUCAUCGCCACGCAAAAUUUUCACUAACAACGUGAAAUGAUAAUAAUAAUAUCAAAGGGCGUCUUUCUAUCUUAUAUACGCAAUAUUAUAGAUAGUUUACGACGUUUACCUUAUUACGACCUUUACACGGCUAUUAUAUCAUUAGGUGUUUUAGAAUCUAAAGGGAGCUUGGAAAUGUAGUGCAGCUGAUUUUACAAUGACGUUGAUUUUUUUUUCCCGCCUUCUCACCUACAACAGUGGCCUACCCAUCGUGCGCGAAGCACGUCCGUUUGUUUUUUAUUUCGAUUUGUACGCGCGCGCAAUAUAUUAUAACAAUAUUGUUAUAAGCGUAAUAAUAAUGAUAAUUCGUAUUGCUUAUUAUAAAUAAAUAAUAAUUGCAAACGGCGUGCUCGCGACAAAAGUCUGGCGUCGCGGCGAUUAGCGCGGGGACGAGUGGGACGAGAGGAAAGAACGAAUAAUAAAUGAUAAUAUUAUUCUUUUGGGUACCGCGAGAGUUAAUUGCACGCGGACGCGCGGUUCCGUAUUGCGACAACAGUAAUAAUUAUUAUUAUAUUAUCAAGGCGAAAUAACGAUAAUAAUAAUAGAAUUUUUAUCGCGUCGUUUAAAUAUUAUUACGAAUCAGUAAAAACUCUUGUCGACCGUAUAUUAUUAUAAUAAUUUUUUACUAGAAAAAAUGCAUUAUCAUAUUAAUACUAUAUAUCACACAGAGUAUUAAUAAAAAUAACAAAUAUUACCUACGCAUUUAAGCAGAGCUUGAGUUGGUAUAACCGGAGUUAUAGUACACGCGAGAUAAACAAUUAAAUUAAGUUAUAAAUAAUAAUAAUAAUAAUAAAAAGAGAAAAUUGGAGAAAUAGAAAUACAGUCUUAAUACUACUUAAUUAUGAACAUUUACACAUUUCUUUAAAUAAUACACUAUCGAUACAUUUUUUACUAUUAGUAUUUACAUUAAGAAAAUAUUUUUUAUUAUCAAUUGGUAAAGUAAUACAAUAUACCGGAUCCAUAUAAUUUAUGCAUUCUUGACCAAAACUUGGUAAAACAUUUUAAUAUUAAAUAAUCUAUGAGAUUAACAUUACGCUUAAAAAAGAAAACGCUUGCUUUUUUGUAAACAAACAUUACGGCAUUUUUUUUUUGCAGACCAAAUUAAUCGAAAAUGCGUUAAAUUCUUUAUAAUUCAAAUGAGUAGACCCAUGGAGAUUGUCUUUCUUUAAACAUAAACGAACUAUACUAUUUUACUGAACCAUUAAAGGAUUAAAAACAGUGUUUAAUGCGCAAACACAAAUUACUAAGAUUACUAAGAUACUAAUUACAGAUGGCUAUAGCCUAUAAAAAUAAAUAAACUAUUCUCAAAGUAGGUAGAGAAAUUAUAUAUUUUAAUUGUAACGAUGCACGGAAACGUCCAAUAAUAUUAGGUAUCCGCAGUACCGCAGGGUUAAUAAUUGCAAAAUUAUCUAACCAGUAGUCGUAUGAAAUUUUUAUCCGGAUAAAAACAAAACAAAUGAUAAGGUAACAAAUUUGUUCGUUACUUAAUUAAAUAUGGAUUGCUAAUGAUUGGUAAAGUAGUAAAAGUUUACCUAACGCGUGGUACACGAUACGAUACUGAUUUCGCACAAGAUUUCGCGAUCGAUAAAGUUUAAUAAUACUAAUCAUUUAGAAAAACGUAUCUAGGCUACAGACAGUGGCGUGCCCGGGAAUUUUCAAUCGGAGGGGAUAUAACAAACAACGCGAAUGAAUAUUGUAAAGUCGUCUUCUCUAUCUAACUUGGCUAUGGGAAUUGAUAAUUUAAAAGCCGGAUACCACAAAAAAAAAAAUAAAAGCAAAUUUAUAAUCAAUAAUACAUCAGGCUUUUCCUCGUAAAGCUGGCUGAAACAAAUACAUUUCUAUAUUAAAUCACUCAUAUUUGUUUGUAUUUUUAAACCAAUGGGAGUGGACAUUAAACCUAACCUCCCCCUCGGAAACACCACUGCUUGACGAUUCAUUUAUAUGUUUUGGUUAUUGAUUCAGACAAUUUAUUUUGCACUAUAUAAAAAACGAGAUAGAAAUCGACCUAAGUGGAUGGUUCAUCUACUUGUAGAUGAAUAAAUCUAGACGAAUCAGAAUAUUGGAAAUAAUUUUUGUUAUUUUCAAUUUGUUUAAGUUUUUCUUUUAAUAAUAAUACUAUCCAAUUAUUGUCAAGCCUUGCGCAAUGAUUCAUUUAUUUUGUACAUAUUUUCACUAACUAAAAAUACAAAUAUUUAAAAAAAAAAAAAAAAUAGAAAUAGAAAAGAUAACCCAAUUUAUGUUGGAAACAUUUAUUAAUCAUGAACCAUUAAGUUGCAAAUAUUAUUUUUCAUUGGGAAAUACGGGGAGUCGAUCGAUAUUUUUUAGUAUCGGCCGUAGUGAACACUAAACUCCAACAAAAAUUGUAGAAACUCAACUUAAUCUGACAUUAAUUUGCAAUGUUUGCAACGUCGAUAUUUUGCUUUGAAAUAUUUAUAAUAUAUUCAUACAUAAAUGGGCUCUCUUGGAUUUCAGAAACAAUUUUUUUGAGAAAAAAAAAACAAAAACAGCAUAAAACAGACGAAUCAUAGCACGGAGCUUUAGUGCAGGUGUUGUCAAUCUUUACAAACUAGUGAGCAAUAUUCAAAAUUUUAAUUCUCCGGUAAUCGACCUCUAUUUAAUUAAAUUUCAGGAAUAUUAUUUAUAUUUAUAAAUACAGUCAAUAUCAUAGUUUGGGUGUACAUAAUCAUGUGGCAUGGCGGGGUGUAGUCAGUGGGGCAAGCAAUCACCAAAAAUUAUAUAUCUACUUAUACCUCAAUCUAUUUUUACUACCUCUAGAAAGCAGUUCACCAUUUAUAAAAAAUACAAAUAUUAUCAAAAAUGAUUUAAAUAAUUAACCUAAAAAUAAACACUAUCAUGUAAUAAUAAUACUUUGAAGUCAGUGAGUGAUGAUGAGAGUUACAGUGUAGUAGUGUCGUAUGUGGUGGUACCAACGCUGUAGUAAAAUGCAUCAUGCUAUUGGUAUCACGAUGAUUGCUCGUUUAACACAUUUGAAAGUUGCUUACAUAUCAUCUCCUUAUAUUUUUCCGAAAUUUUAAAAUGUAAUAGAUAAUUUUGCAUUAUUGGAACUUGGUCAUGGUUUUCAUUUAAAAUAUACCUAUAAUGUUUUAUGACUAAAAGUGUUAGCAACGCUUACAAUGCUUAUACGAAUGCCACGCCACUGUAUAAAAUAAUAAAUAUUUUGUUUAAAUUAAUUUUAAUGUGCAAACAAUCUAAAAUCAUUAUUUUAUUAUUUUUUUUUACAUAAAAACAAGAGAAAAAAAAUCAAAGAAAAAAUAAAUAAAUGGACAUACUUCGCACGAUAGGUGUAGUCCGAUUGUUGUAGGUGUGAAGUUGUGUGGGUAGAGGGGAAAUUUAAUGUAUAUAUUUGUUUCAACGAUAAACCAUUGCUAACGAAAUACUAUUCUAAACGGUGUUUGGUUAUACAUGUUUUGAAAAUCCGUAAUAUUUAAGAUUUGAAAAUAGUAAUAAAUUUUCCAAUUUAUUAUGAAAAACUCGUGAGAAAAUUAAACAACUACCCUGGGUAUACAAUAUUGAAAACGGCUGCUCGUAAACUCAAAUUCAGAUUUCUGUUUGUAUAUUGUUCUCGACCGACAGGUGUUGACCGGUUAGCAACAUCUAGAGCUGCUUUAGUGCAAUAAUUAUUGUUACAAUGGGACGGGCUGAGGAAGAGAGGGGGGGGGCUUAAAAAUAUCGAACACGACAGAAAUUAUUAUGCGGACGACACCAUACUAUAAAAAUAACGAUAAUACCGUCAAUGUUACGAUUGUUGUCCUCUGUAGACUAUUGUUUCCAGCUGGCCACGAGUCGACCGCACGCGCAUAUACACGACCUACCGUGAUUUCUCGUCGACAAACUUUCUCGUUCCCGCUUUGUGACGAGAGGAAUGAACGACUACGACGAAAACGACGACGAUGGGGCUUAUUAUUACUAUUGUUGUUAUUAUUAAAAUAACAAGACAGACGUUUAUUGUUAUUCACGCUCCGCUAAAGUUUACGGAUAAUAAUAAUUCAUAUUGUAUAGGUGCAAUAAUAUCAAAAGCAUUUUCCCGACAAAAAAUCCAGUUUCUCCGGCAUCGUCUCGAAUCGAAAAUCGUCGUGACGAAAUCUUGCGCGUUAUUUAGAAGCAAUUAAUUAUUUCGAAAGUUGCAAUUUUAUCUGGGUGAUAUUCUAAAUGGGUAGUUUUUCUUAUUUUCUCAACAGUUUUCGUAAUAAUUAAGAACAACAUAUGUAAAUGUAUAAAAUAAACGGUUUAUCGUUGUGCACCGAUAUAAAUUAAAUUUCCUUUUAUAUCCUACCUCGAUACUAUUAAAAAAUAAACGUGUGGGUUAUUUUCGGGUAUUGUCGAGUAUUCUCGGAUAUUUUCGGGUAUUUUACUCCCCCAUUUGUCCCUACGGAGUCGGCACUGCCGUACGCGCACGCGCACACAAUCAUUACUGUUACGCGAGUCGUCAUCUGCUGUCACGAACACUCGAGGCCAUUUAAUAUCGCACCCGAACUUCCGCCGGGUAUUUCUCGGCCAAAUCACGCAUGCGUACACGUCCAAUAAAAAUACGUAUUUUAAGACAAUAUACGAUUAAUAUUAACAAUUAAAACGCGCGAUUGAGUUAUUGCGAAAAUUAUUGCGGUGGAAAAAACCGCAACGCGUUAUAUACACACAGGCAUCAUAUCCUGCAUGAUAUUUUUAGAAAGCUGACAAAAAUAUAAUAGCGCGCAUAUAAAGAGUAUACCUCACAAAGUCGUUCUUAACAUUUUUUCGGGUCCAAAACGCGCAGUUUUUAUCGAAAAAGUCCCGAAAUACGUGACGUUUUAUAAUAAUUAUAAUACAAUGUAGUCAGGACGCGAUUUCAUCUCCGACGAUAAUUCCGUUAUGUUUCGUGGGAAAACAAUAUACUCGUAUAUGUAACUAUGUAUACUGUAUAUAUUUACGUAUUAUUUGAUAUACGGUAUUAAGAUCUUAAGUAAAAAAUUAACAUUUUCGGCUUGUGAUGUUAUUUGAAGCUCAUUUUUUUUUUUAACUUUUAUUUUCUUUCGGUAUUAAUCCCGUAACUUAACUCAUAAUCAAUAAAAUUUGUUUUGGUUUAAACAUUUUAAGUCACAUUAUAUAUCUAUAAUUAGGUAAAAGACAUGUAUGUCUAGUAAAGAGUUGAGAAUCAAACAGAUUCAUAAUUUUACAAAUGGUCUUAUUAUCUUAAGAUAUUAAGAUUUUAAAAUAAAACAUAGUUAUCAUUAUAACAUUACAACCAGACUACAAAAACUAAUUCAUUUUCAUCUAACAGCGAAAUAAUUUUUUGAAUAAUUACGUACUUAAAACAACAUAUUACGCACUAUAGUAAAAUCUAUUAUUUAAUAUAGCAUUUGAGUAUUGCAUUAAAUAAUAAUCAAACAGGUGAUUCAUUUAGGGGGUUGGUACACUCAAAAUCUUGGAAAGUAUUAAAUUUUUCAGGAAUUUGUUUUCUAGAACAUUUAAGAAACAAACAGCUCUACAAUUGUAUAUUUAUUUUAUUUUUUUGUCACCCUUAUUUUUAGAAGUAAAACCACUACCUAUUUUUGAUUUUCAAAUGACAACCUAUAUUAACAAUUCCAUAGAUAUGUUUAGUAUGAGUUAAAAUAAAUUUGAGUGUUGAAAUUUUUGAUUUCCGUCGAUCCAUUGACGGAAGUGUACACACUUAAAUGGAUCAUCCGGUAUUAAUAGUGCAAGAAAAAAUAUAAUUAAAAUAACUAAAAAAUCAUAAACCAUCAGAUCAAGAUUAAAAUGAUUAUAAAGAUUUUAAUGUACUUAAUAUUCAACAAUUAUACCAUAGCAAAGCCCUCGAAUACAUAAUAUUUAAACUUAAAACGAUAAAUUAUACAUGCAAUAACUGCAAUACACGUUCUGAAAGCUACCUAAUAAAACCUCGAACAUAAUCUAGCAAAGAAAGUCGAUAUUUUGUGCCAUGCGGACUCACUUUUCUAAUUAAAGAACUUUAUAAUAUAAAAAACUAUAAAUCCUUAGACUCAUUUAAGAUAUUAACAAAACAAUGCUUAUUUUUGUUGCUUUAAUUAAAUACCGUACAUUAAAUUUAGCAUUUAGUUUAUGAUUUAAGAAAAAUCUCGUAGAAUUUAUAUUUAAUAAAAAAAAAAUAAAUUUAUUCUGUAUUUUUAAUUCUUAUUUUUAUCUUAUUAAGAAAAUACAUUUUUAUUUUAUUUUUUAUUUGCAUAUAUCUGUAGUUCAGAUUAGUUUCACCAAUAAAAGACUUCAGUGAUGAAAAGGGCAAAAAUUAACGUAAAAAUAAUAAGAAAAAUAAAGUGUAUAAUAAUUGUAAUUUGACUGAAAAAAUAAAUUAUUAUUAUAAAAAAAUAAAAAUUCAACUAUAUUAAAUCACUUAAAAAUGUCUACAUAAUAGUUAACAUUAAUGUAGGCAUGUUGAAUAUUAAAUUAAAUUAAUUAUCAACCAGGACAUAAUUAAUCAACGGUUGUAAGUAAUUAUUCAGUUUUGUUUUCUCUUCUGAAAACAGUUUUUGAUUCCAGACUUUAUAACAUUCACUAAAGAAUUACAUUAUGUAUGCAUUUUUUUUUUUUUUUUUUUUGAAUCGUCACGAUUUUCAAACGUUGUCGUUAAUUUCUAAUCUAAUAAAUCUCAAAUCGCAUUUUGGAAAUUUGUUUUUUUCUUUUUUACAAUUAUUGUGAAUUAUGGUAAAGUCAUAAAAAUAAUUAGUAACCGAAUAGAGCAAAUGAUUGAAAUGAAGUCAAGUAACAAUCAAUUUGGAUUUAAAAGAAACAAGGGAACUAGAGAGGUAAUCCUGGGCCUAAGAAUAUUAAUCGAAAAGAAGAUAGAAUUUAACUAGGAUACAUUUAUUGCAUUUAUUGACUUAGAAAAGGCUUUUGACACAGUUCCCUGGAAAAAAAAUUUUAAUACCCUUGAUAAAAUAUGUAUUGAUUAUAAGGAUAAACGGAUAAUAAAUAACAUAUACAAAAAACAAUCGACCAUAAUACAAGUAUCAAACAAUUCCGCAACAGUUAAAAUUAGAAAAGUUAACAAAAAAAGGGUGACCACUUUCAUCAAUAUUAUUCAAUAUUAAUGUCAACAAUCUAUAAACGAAGUUAAAGAAAAAUUCAUUAGAGACGAAAUUGGUUUAACUGUAGAGGGAGAAUUCAUAUCAUUCCUAAGGUUUACUGAUGACAUUGCUCUUCUUUCUAAUAGCGAAAACGACCUGAAAAGAACGCUGGAAGAAAUGGCUAGAUGUUGAACUGAUGAAAUGAACUAGAAAAAAGUCAAGGUAAUGUUGUAUCAAAAAAGGACAGUAUUCAUAAAAAAAGAAUUGUAAUCGACAACCAAACUCUAGUCUAAGUGGAAAGUUUCAGAUAUUUAGGUAGUAUAAUUAGUCAUGAAGGAAAACGUAGGAUAGAAAUAAAACCGAUGCUCAAGCAAAAACAGCUUUCAUGAAUAAAAGAAAUCGACUGUAUUUUAAAAACAUGUGCAUAAUUCUGAAGAAGCAGCUAAUAAAAGUACAUGUACGGAGUGUCACAAUAUACGGUUUUGAAUCUAGGGUACUGAUUAAAACAGAACAAAAGUUUCUCGAGAGUUUCGAGGUUUAGUGCUGGAGAAGAAUAUUGCGAUUGAAUUGGACAGAAAGAAGAACAAACGAAAUUGUAUUAUACGAAAUAAAAGAAACCAGGAAGUUACUCAACACCAUUAAGGAAAGAAAAUAGAAUAUGAUUGGUCAUGUCCUGAGACAAAAACAAAAAAAACCUCUGUAUAUUGAAAUAAUAAAGAAAAUAAAUGUAAAAAAUACAUCGUAUAUUAAAAAUGUGAUAACUGACACAGGUUCAAAACAUUACAAGGGUUUGAAGAGGCUAGCUGGUGAUAGAGAUAAGUGGAAAAUCUAUGGAAAACUGCAAAAUCAACCUUAGGGUUGAUUUAUAAAAAAAAAAAUUGUAUGGGCACAUUUUCGAAGUGACUGACGACAUACUAAAUUCAGUAACAUUUGUAUUCCGAACAAUUUUGUAAUUGUGUUGUUUUUGUUGUGCGUAGUAUAAUAUCGAUUUAUGUCGUUUCUCACAUUGAAUUUCUUAAUUUCAAAAAUAAAAAAAAACUAUUUAUUCACCCCAAUCAUUAAUACUAGUAUCCACUAACCAUUAGGUUAAGAAAAAUAUCGAUUUUUAAAUGCUGGGUGAGGAUGAAAGUGAAGUGGUAAUUGUACGUUAAUAUUAUAGUUUAUACAGAUCGGUGGUUCUCUGAGCCAUUUUAUAGUCACCAUAUAGUCGUCUUGAGGUGUGAGGAAAAAAAGAUUUUUCUUUCAAUGUCCAAUUAUAUACAAAAUGAUCAAUCUAUCGUAUAACACAUAUUAUCUCGGAAGUAUUAACUUUUUUGGAAUUCGUCUUAUAGAACAUGUAUUAUGUCACCUGACCCUCAUUUGUAGAGGUAAAACCUCUAUUUACUUUUGCUUUUCAAAUGGCAACCUGUAUUUAAAAUUCUAUAAACAGGUGGAGUAUUAGUUAAUAUAUUUUGUUUUUGAAAUUUUUAAUUUCCAUCAAUUGGUUAACGAAAUAUUCCACUUUUAAGUAUGGAUCGGGGGAGAGUAACAUUAUUAAAACUCAGCGCACCGUGACGUCACACAAAUGAUGUAUGUUCCACAACUUUCCACUGAUCCAAACUUAAAUGUGGAAUAACCCAUCAACGGAUUGACGGAAAUUAAAAAUGUCAACACCCGAAAUUUAUGUUAAUAAAUACUUUUAAUAUAGGUGGAGUUUGAAAAUCAAAAGUAGAUAGUGGUGUUACCCGUGAAAAUGAAGGUGACAACAAAUUAAAUAAAAGUAUCGUAAAUCGUAAAGCUGUUUGUUUAUUAAAAUAUAUUCUAUAAAAAGGAUUCUGGAAAAAUUAAUACUUUCGAGAUAAUGAGUGUUUUGUGAUAGAUUGAUCACUCUAUAUAUUAUGUAUAUAUGGUAAUCCCGUAUAAUUAAGCGAGCACGACAACGGCUAAAUAUCGAUGGAUCGAGGGAUGACUGAAUUUUAAAAUCGUCAAAAACAAAAUAACCGAUGAAAAUAUAAAAACUGGCAAAAACAUAAGUAGUGCAGUUCUUUAUCGAAGGACACAGUCAGUUUUAGGUGUAUCAUAAAAGCGCGGCUUAUAAAAUAUGAAAUAUUAUUUGAAAGUGAACAAUUUUUUUAUUUUAUUUUUAUAAUUUGUUUUUUUUUUUUUGGUUUUUUUGUUUACCAUGUCCACACGUACCGUAUUAUGAAUUUUAUAUUAUGAUAUCGAAAUGGCAUAUGUUUGUUGUGGGAGGGGGGUGGAAUUAAAUAAAUAAUAAUAAUAAUAAUAAUAAAAAUUAACCGUCCCGAACUUAAGAAACCCACGAUACGAAUAUUGGUGGGUUUUUUUUUACUUUUUUCUCUUUUCUUUUUCGGUCGUUCGUUGUUGUCUCUUUAUAGAGAAGACUACGCGCGUAUUAUAAAAUAUAUAUAUAUUUAUACGUAUCGCAUUGAUAAUAACGGAGAGUAUUCUCGUCAAAUAAUACCUAAUAAUAAUAAUAAAAUGUUACACGAAUCGAAUACAAUUUCGUUAAAAUCGUGUUUUUCGAAAGGAGACGAGGUGGUUUUUUUUUUCGUCGGGUAGUGGCCACGGAAACAGGACGGUGUUACACUUGUACUUUAUCUCCUGCGUAUACCAUUGAAAACGUUCAAUAGAACUAAUUUAAAUAAUAAUAUCAAAUAUAAUAUUAUAUUAUGUGUGUAUAGUAUACCAGAUACCUCUGUGUCUCUUUCUCCUACCCGAUCUCUAUGUUAUAUUAUAAUAUGCAUAAUAUUCCGUAUUAUUAAUAAUAAUAUUAUUACAUAAUAAAAGUCAUAAAUUACAUUAUAUCCGGCGUGCUGAUUUUGUAUAUAUGAAAAAUAUCGUGUCGCCGCGUUGUUAUGUUAAUAACACGACGAAUGGGCACGUCGAAUAUUAUUAAUAAACAAUUUUUUUAACACGGGAUGGGGACAAAGAUACCUUGCGACGAAAAUGUAUACACUUUUACUUUUCUCUCGGCGCAUAUCGAAUACGACGUAGUUAUAUAUUAUUCGUCAAAAGUCAAUUUUAUCAACACUCGAAUAGGUAUUAUUAUUAUACAGGUACAUCCCGCCUACAUCAUUAUAUAUAUGCAUAUUAUUAUUGAAAUAAUAUUAUUAUCGUGGCUGCCUACGAUACCUACCUACCUUGCACCUAUACCUAUCAACCUUCAUCUACUGUAUAUUUUCUACUGAAGUGUUGUCUUCACCGUUGACGGUACGAAAAAAAAAAAUAUUACAUCGCCGCGAAAAAUAUUUCAUAUUUGUUUUUGAUUCAGAGUACGACGAGAAAUGCGUAUUGGUUUUAUAACGUCACGGCAGUGCGGUUUCCCACACUCUCCUCCUCUUUUCCUCCGCCGAUCAUGUCCGUCCGCAAAUAACUUUUCCACCGGAAAUCUCGGGGUCCGAUUUGUCGUCGGUAUCUUUUCUGCGUUACAUUACGCAAAAGCGAACAUCGUAAUAUCGUCUGAUUGGCGCGUCCAAGCCACGGACGACUAUUUGGGUUUGAUAGUGACGCACACUAUCGAACCGUGUUCUCGGCGCGUAAUAAGAAAAGCAUACACCGCCCCCGCGGAUCGAGAAAGUGAGGUCAUCCGGCGAUGACCCAAAAAAAAGUGACCCGUGAAAAUUCACUCCGAGGAGUUCCUUGUUAUAUUGCCUUCGCACUGCAAAGCCGCGAAAAUACCGAGCGAUAUUUGUUGUUUUAUUUUUUUGUUUACACUGCCGCCGUCACCAUUUAUUAAUAAAAUACAAUUAUUGCGUGAUUUAUUACAAAAUACUGAUUUCCCUCGUUCGCGUCAAACUCAAAUAUGAUAAUCAAUACUGAGGCGUCGGUCGACCAGCGAGUACUGUCCCAUAAUAAAAUGACAACUUAGGUAUGACCUCUGCAUACGACCUCGGGUUGACGACAAGGUCCCCGUGGUCCUUGGACCAUCGUGCCGGAGGGUGUCAGACGGCCGAGCACGCGGCUAAAUAAUUAGGUCUAAGGACUAGGAUAAUUAAGUCAGUCCUUGCCUCCGUACAAUUAGUACUCUGACUAUGGUUGUGAUCAGUCUUCGUUCAGCCGGUCGGCUCUUGUCUCAGCCUCCCCGAUCAUUUCGUCCUGCUCCUCGCGGUAUAUUAUGUCUUCUACCGUGUCGAAAACUGAAGGACCUCGGUCGUAAUAACGACCCGCCCGUUGUAUUUUAUUAUUGUCGUCCGUAUCCCGACCUUCUCUUACCCAACCAAACGCAAACGCGCCACUAUUGGUGACGGUGUCUACACGAAAUGAUCGCUAAAAGUUGCUGAAAAAGUCUUACGUGCGUAUCGUAUGACGUAAUAUUUCAUUUAUAUUGCUUUAACACAAAAUAAAAUGAAAAGUUUGUAGUGUUCAGCUGUGCACUUAACUCAGAUUUUUAAAAAAUGUAACUCAUAUACCUUGUACUACAGGCACCUCAUUUAAUAAAUGCGUAGCGCAUAAGUUUUACGUUUUUUGCUAUAUAGUAAUAACUCACGUAAUAGUAUAUUUUUAUUUUGUAUAACAACUUAGAUGAUUAUUAGAUUUACCGUCUCGUAAUGGAUUUUCAUUAUCAAAAUCUAAAGCAUAAGCCACAGUCACAAAUUGCCAAGAUAUAAAUGUAUUUUUUUAUUGUCGGGUACACUUAAUAUUUACUUCAUAAGGACUUGAUUUUAAAAAGAACCUAAGUCUCAAAACUCCCCUAUUUAUACUGAUGAAUAUAACAUAACUUAUCGUAUACAAGUCUUGUGUUCUCAAAUCCAUAUUAUAUUUAUUUUUAAAUGGCUGUUUGAAAACAUAAUUCCACUAGUUCCAGUUUGUUCCUCUCUGAAAACUACAUUAUUGGUGCUAAUGCUCAUUACCGUCAAUAUAUAUACAUAUAUUUGAUUAGCGAUUACUUUACUUUAAAACGUGUUAAAUUUUUACGCCCGAAUGAAGUUUUUUUUAUUCGGGGUUUUGUGGAUUCGAAAAUCGCGCUACAAUAAAAUUAAAAAUGUUUAUUCGACCCGUAGUUAUUUCAGAAUACUUUUUUACGAGAACGUUUUUGGAUUUUGGUUAUUUCACAAUUCUACAUUGGAUUUUCCAAUACAGUAGUUUUUAUAAUAACGGACUGCUAUAUGUUUUAAAUGUCAAAAACCGUUUGGAAAUGUGCCAAUAACUUUAAAAUGAAUAAUUCGACGUCUUUAUAUAUUAUUAUAUAGUAUAUAAUAUAUUACUGUGAAUGUCCGCAAUUGGUGAAUGCUGAAAGUCAUCUAGUGAAAGUUGAAAAAUUGAAAAAUUGUAGACUAUGAAUAGUGAAUGUUAGGAUCAAUGAUCAAACUGAAUUGUUCAGAUCUGAUGUUUACAUCAGGAUUUUGGUCAAUGUAGACAUAAGUACAUAUUUUAGUAUAGACUAUAGAAAAUACAGUAGAAACUCUUUAUAACGAAUUUUAAGGGUCCAAGAAAUUUCUUUUGUUAUAGGAUUUUCGCUUUAAAGAAGAUCAAUUCCUUAAUGCAAUGGGUUAUAAAGCAAACUAACCAUUAUUAAGUAAUAUUUACGUUACAGAGUUUUUUGUUCAAAAGAGUUUUCACUGUAAUAGAUAGAUAGAACAUGUUUAAUUGUAUCAAUGAAUCAUCAUUAUUAAACAAUAUUUAUAUGUGUGUCAUUAAUUUUAGUUAUGAUUAUUUUACCAUAAAAAACUUGUUAUUUUUAAAAAAAAAAAUGGGGAAAAUAGUUCUACUUAUUUCAAUAUGAUAAACAGUCAUGACAUUUUUCGUCACAUAAAAUGUCAACAUUUUUACAACCACAAUUUUUUGUGGUGCACUUUGUUUUGCGUCUUGUAUCUACCCUUGCCCGCCCAAUUAUCGAUGAAUUUGAUUAAUUUUAAAUUUAGGAAUAUGUUAACCAUUGAAAAAAUUUUCGUUUAACUACUUUAAAGUUGAUAUUUUUCAAUCGAUAGAAAAAAAGAAUUAUUGUGUUUUUUUAUUAGAUUUUAAAUUAUUAAAUGUAUUAUAAAAUAUUAUAAUUAAUAUUAAUAUAAAUAUAUAUAGUAUAUUCUCCAUUUUAAAUGUUUUGGUUACUGUGCAAUUCAAUCGUAUAACUGUGUUGAAUUAUGACAAUAUCGUGCUAAAUGUUAGCGAGUCAGCAUAGCGCGGCCGUUAUUCAGAUAUUAUAAUAAAAAUAGUCAGCUAAGGUAAUAAUAAUACAUUUUAUCAAAAUUACCGACUUGUACAAAACCUAAUAUUGUACGGGUACUAGCUAUGUAGUAUGUUUACUAUUCGAGUAUUAUUAUUAUGACUUUGCGUUAUCCGUAGAUUGAAUUUAAAGAAAACAUUAAUAUUAUCGGUAUUAACAACAUUCACCGAUAUCGUUGCAUAAAUGUCAACAUUCGCUGAGAAGCGAAUGUAUACAAAUAGUGCGAAUUUAAUCAAUACGCCAACAUUCGCCAACGACUUUGGCAUACGACGACAUUAACCGCGGUGACUGUCAGCGUUCGCCAACUGCGGACAUUCACAGUUAAAUAUAUAAUAUUAUACAAGUAAUAUAAUAUAAACUACAAAGUGGUACUUUCUCGUCAUUAUUUCCAGACGUUCCGUAGUUUGGUCGGUAUAUUAUACACUCCGGUACUCGCGGUUACGUUCGAUAUAAUAAUGUAUACAAACUACAUACAUACAUAUACAUCCGUAAUAUUAAUAUUCGCGGUCGAAUGGCCUGACCCCGAAUAAUAAUUCGCCAAACUCUGCGAACUUCGAGUAGUUUGGGAAAUCCGUUAUAGUUUCAGAGAGUCACCGUAUUGUUUGCGAUCGGUGCAUCGAAUGGUGGCGGCGGGGUUUUCGUCUCUUUUCCGGCGAUGGUAGGGUGGGAAUCGUCGUCGAGUAGGUCGUGUAGGCACUGCAGCGACGUAUCAGCUUAGAUGAUUCGCAACAACCGCGAGGGAGUACACAUUAUAAUAUUUUUUAGAGUGCAUGGAAAAAAAAAAAAAAUAAAUACAAAAUGCUCAAAAUAAAAUUCACGUUAUUAUACAGACGUUCAGGAAACGUAUUUUCCAUAAUAUUUAUUAUUAUUUUAUUUUCCUUUUUUUUUUUUCGUACGUUAAUACGCAUUAUUAUUGUAAGUGUUAUUAUUAUUAUUAUUUUUUUUUGCUGUUAAAAGAAUAUCGCACAAGGGAAGUUGCGACUAAUAUAAUACGACAUAUAACGACGACAACGUAUAGUGCGACCGACGGAAAUAAUUCAGCCGGAGUCGUCGCGAUAGUAAUAUAUUUUGUUCGAUGCUUUUUGUGCGGAGCAAAAAAACAAGAAAAAAACAUAAAUUCAGUUCUAUUUUUAUUUAAAAACAAUUUAAUAAAUGAAAACCGGGAUUUUUACUCUACAUGUAUUCGUGGGCAAUGCGUCUUUUUGAAAAAAAAAAAAAAAAUAUAUAUAUAUAAUAUUAUAUCAGUUUUAUUCCCAAUAUAUAUUAUAUACGCAUAAAAAAAAUCUCUGCGGAACUUCGUCUCCCAGGUUAGGUUUCUUUCUCGAGUCGCGUGCAGUUUUUGUUAUUUGUUACACGCCAACUCGUAUACGUCAUGACAUAUGAAAAAAAAAAAAAUAAAAUAAAAUACAUAUAGGUACGUAUAAAUAAAAAUGAAAAUCCGUCUAUCUAUGUCGUCGCCGUCGCUAUAUAGUCCGGGGGCUGCACGACGUACAGACACGUGAUUGACAUUUCCAUACAAAGACUUGAAAUUAUUAACCCACCUAUUUACCUAGAAAAUAGAAAUAAUAUUUGUAUAUGUGUAUACAUUUUUUUUAUUUAUUUAUUCCGAGAUUGGUCGUAUUGGAUUUGCCAUGAUAAUAUUAUGAUGUGCGUAUGUUUGUUUUUCCUGUCCAUCUGUCCGUCUCGAUUUCGAUCGCAGAAUAUACCUCGUCACUAGGUUCGAAAAACUUCCAAAAAAGGACGAUUCUGUAAUACACCUAUACUUUUUUCUAUAUCAUCCGUAUCAGUUCGGAUAGUCCACAGAUAUAAAAUACUGGACAGCUAACUUACAUUUUAACAUUUUCUAUUUUAAUUUAAUUGAUAGUGCCUUCUAGUUGCUCUUCAGACGGCUGCAAAAAUAGCGAACAACCUAGUUCUGGUAUAGGGUUUUCAGGUAAGCUUAUAUAAUAUCGAUGAAAUAUAUUUUAAAUCGUAUAAUACGUUUAGUAACAUUGUAUUAUAAAUCUGUGAUUCAGAAUACAUUUUUUUUUUUUGAAAAUAUAUAAAAAAAAAACCAUUCGAUACGUUCGGUUUUAGAGAAGAAAAUCCGUGGCGCGCGCGUUACUCGCGGAUACGAGAACAGAUUCGUUUAGUUUCAAUAUCAACAACACAAAUGCGCGCACGUUGAACUUUUGGCCAUUAUAAUUUUUUAUUUUGCGUUCGUUUUGAUUGAUUUUUGAAUUCCCUCAGAAACGAAGCACCUAUUAUGCCCAGCGGCUUUAUUACUGUUAUUUUUCGGUUUACGUUUUAAUUAUAAUUAUCGUUUUCUCCGCGUCUUCUCCGAUUUCUAUUGGCCUCUAAGAGUAUAUACUAUCCCGUCUCGCGCCCGAUCCUCCGUCCGUCCGUUUUUUCCUUUCCAGCUCGAACCUCCGCAAAGUAUAUAACCAAUUUCGCGUCUUUGUCUAUGUUAUUACCGUUAAUUUAUAAACGUUUAUUUAUUUUAUAACAAGUAUUAAACGUUACGUUAUAUAUAGUUUUAACAUAAUACUUUUGGCGUCGUGCAACGAUAUUAUUUUUGUUUAAUAUCGAUAUCGUUUUGCUUUUGAUCUUAUAUGUAUAUAUAUAUAUAUAUAUACGCCUAUAAAAGUAUAUAAUAUAUACGUAUAUAGGUACUCUAUCGAAAUCAUGUCAAAUAUCAAAAGCACAACAUCGUUAUCGUAAAAUCGGCGCGGUGGAAAAUAAGUGAAAGGAAAAUCGGACAAACUCUCAAAGAAAACAUCGGCGUAGGUUAGUGUACAAAGCGUAAAAAAAAAAAAAAUACACGAGUAAAAGAAAAGUUGUUCACCUCCGAACCGUGCUAUAUUUCUAAGGGGAUUAAUUCGGGGUUCGUGAAAUUGAUAGUAAUUAUGAAAUUAAUAUAUAAUAUAAUAUCAUAACUGCGGUACCGGUACAAGGUUAUUCUUCUUUGAUGUCGUCCUCUUAUACACUAGCUGUUUGUUGUUCAUUGCUUAUAGCGGUUCAAAAGGGACUCCGAACAACAGUGUUUAUUAAUAAUAAUUUUGCCCGUCGACGUCGUCGUCGUCGGUAGGUAAGUUUUAUCGCCGACGGUUAUUGCGCGGGUUGUGACAAUAAUGUAAUCGAGUUGAGUUUCGCAAUAUUAUAGUAAAUAAUAAUACUAUUGCAUAGAUCAUACACUCGUAACCAAGAGGAUGGGGGCAUGGGACCCUCCUUUACCAUUGCCGGUAUUUUUUAAUACUAGUGUAUUAUAACCGUUUCAUAUUAUACUAUGACGUGCGUGUGCGUUUUAUUUCCAUAUAUCACGUCGAGUGUCAGGCGGUUGGCGGGAAACAGAACAGAGAAUGAGUAUAACAGAGAUGAGAAUGCAUAGGUAGUUGAGUGGAACGACGAGAGAAGAUAGGAUGAGUAACGGGUGUUCAUAAGUCGUGGCAUACGUCAAAAACCAAAACUGGAGAAAAUAAAUCGAGAUUGUUUGCUCAUGGAAGGAAGAAUCGGAAGCAGUAAGAAUGAUAUAAUGAAAAAGAACUUAUGAGUAAAUAGAGGUGGCUGGAUGCGAUUGGGACGAAUUAUGAGAUAAAUAUUAUUAAAUGACGGCGGGUGUGUGUGAGAACAAUGCGAGGGUUUGGGUUAAGUGAAUAUGAUAAGGAUGAUGGUGGCUGAUCCCAGAUAGUUGAGAUGAAGAUGAAGGAAAAGAAGAUUAAUGAAGUAAAGUAUAAGUAGUUGGUAUAUUUUUUUAAGUAUAAUUAAGGAAAUUUGCUUGAAAAAAUUUGUAAUUUCAUGGUGUUUAUUUUAAUUUGGUUAGGCCGCACAACUAUAUAUCAGUUAUUUAUGGGUCUAGAUCGUUUUUGAGAGCAUUUUUUUUUUUUUUUUUAGUUAACUAGGCAAUGAGAAAAUUUUAAAUAUUUAAUUUAAGUCUAAGUAAUGUCUGGCCAGUUUUAUCAACAUUUUUUUUUUCCUUUUGCUUUAGCAAAUUUACCAAUAAAAUUAUCGAAGUUAAAUCCUCUCAUGCUGUUUUUUGUUCGAUUGAAAGUAAUACCCAAACCGUUUAAACGAUUGUGCACUUCUUAUGUCUCCUUUAAUAUUGUUUAACUUGAAAAAAGACAGUUCCGCGUCUGCAGUAGAUAGAUUUACCAGGAAUUGCCAAAAAUAAUAAAAGAGCGGUACAUACUUCUGGAAAACUUAUUGUUUAGUAAUGUUUUUUUACCAUUAAAAGCUGAACAGGAUCUUGUAUUGAAAUAAGUUUUCUUAUUUUAUUUUUAAGAGUUGAUCUCACAGCUAAAAUCUCACUUGUAAAUGUUUUUGAUAUGUAUUGUAUUCGUUUUGUUUACCAACUUCGUAUUUAAACGUUUUUAAAAUGUUAAUCAUAAGAAAAAAUCUAUUAUAACCGUGUAAAAUUAAAAAAAAUUAAAUUUAUGAUUCUUGAUAUUUCUCUAUGUGCCUUCAGAAUUAUAAGCGAGUGGCUCAUUACCCGUCAUGUCACUCUAUCAGUAGGCCAUUAGAAGAAUACAUUAUACAAGGAAUUCCAUUUGUUUACAAGUAGUUGGUGCAUUAACCGCGGGACGCAUUGACGCCGUUAGAGCCCACGUGGUAUCAAGGGGUAGCAAUGAUGAGGUAUAACUUAUAGGUUACAAAUUACCAAAGGUGGGCACUGAACAAGUUAAUGAUAAUAAUUAACUGUUAUAAGUUAAGCCAAUUCAAUUAAAUUCCCUUCAGUUAAAAGUUAAAAGUUAACAAAGAAAAAAUUUAACUCGAUAAGUUCAAAGUUUAGAUGUAAAAUAAAAUUAAAUAUACUCGGUCGAAAAAAAAAGUUAAUUUUUUUUUUUCUAACCAUAAUAUUACUUUCCCCUUUUCGAUGUGUAGAAACGUAUGUACAAUAGUUGCUAUUAUACCGGCCGUACUGACUGCAUUAUCGACUUUGCAGUUAUCGCCACCACGAUACACUAUACGCAUUCUAUUUUAUUUAUGUAAUAAGUAUCGGAGAUUUAUCAAUCGAUUACUUCAGAUAGCAUAUAGUACUAAAAUCGUUUUAAAUGAUAAAUCGUUCACUGUGUCUAUCUGUAAUCUAUUCUUUUAUUAUAUUCGCAAAUUCACAACUAUGUUUUUGUAAACAAAAAUAAUUUAUGAAUAUUAUGCGGGAAUAGAUCUGUUUUUCUCCACAAGAUAAGAAUCCGAAAAUUCCAAAAAAUCAGAGUACCCAACGUUUAGAAAAAUUAAUGUUUUCACUAAUACUACAAGUUUACUCGCAAACCAAUAAAUACAAUAUCAUAAUUAACUAACUAAAAUUAACUAAUUAAAUCAGUAUAACCCCUUAUCAUACUAUUAAAUAUUUUAUGCACAUUAAUUUGUAUUUUUACAAGGAUAUAGAGAAAAAUUUAAUGUAUAUCAGCCAAAUGAAAUGUUUAAUCAUUUCUAACUAAACCGAUUCAUAACAUAUACAAAGUAAAUCAUAAUUUAUUGUAGUGAUCCAUCAUGACGAAAAAUCGUUGAUCUUUCGAACUUCGGUUCUCACUUUCAUAGAACAGUAUUAACUAUUAAAAGGUAUUUGACUAUACAGUUAUAUUUUAAAAUACAGCCAAGUAAACAACAAAAUAAACUCACCAAUGCCAGUGGUUUUCAUAUAAAACAGACAAUUUCUCAACUUCACUUUUUUUUGAAAAAAUAUACGUUGGUAUUACUAUAAUGUUUUAUGUGCAAUUUGAUAUCAAAUUAAUAAUUCUUGUCUUUGGGGAAAAAUAUACUCCGUUCCAUACUAUGCGGCGAAACGGGAUAUGACCAAACGGCGGGGGGGGGGUGAAACGCACGUUCCGGUUCGGCGCGUACACUACAAGUCUCUCGGAAGUUCGAAACCUGUGAGAGUCGUAUGUGCGUUCGCGGAUUUACGGCGGCGCAACGCUGAACAGCGUAUACGAACCGUCCUAUCGACUCUCGAGUACCGAUGAAUUCGAAAACCGUACUCUUGCGAUAAAAUACAGGACAAAACCGCACACUUUUUUAAAUUGUUAUAUCCAAAAAUCGCACCUUUUAUAAUAAUGUAUAAUCUAUUAUUUAUAAAUAAUUAAUUUAAAAAUAUAUUAAUUAUAUCUUAAUUAGUGUUAUUAAAUAUUAAUAUAAAAUAUAAGCAAUUUAAAAUUAAAUAAAACAAAUUAUCAAAAUUUUAAGCAAGUGGCGAGAGUCGAUGUUUUUUUAGAAAUUUUAAACGAUCUGCGUCAUUCGAAAAUUCUUCCAGACAUUUAAACACAAUAUUAUAAAAAAUGAUGUAUCACUAAUAUUAAAAUGUGCCCAUUAACUAAUAUGUUUUUGUUUCGGUCGAAAACUAUGGCGGAAAAAUACUUAAUGUUGGUGUGACCAUUUAUCAUUAAUUUAUUGUCAAGUUUAGAUGAAAUACCAAUUUGAUUUAAUCAUAAUUCGACCGGCGAAUAACGGUUCGAGAAUACUUAAAAACCAACGAUAAGAUAUAAGCUUUUGUACGUAACAAAUAAUAAAUACAAUAAUGCGUCCAUACACGAGACAUUAACGGACGGUUUUACACUACCAUAAGUGUGCGGCAUUCGGCCAUACAAUGUACCUAGCUGUCGACCGACGAAGUGUGCGGUAUUUGUCUACGGACCUUUUUGGGACGGAAACCAUAUUAUGUGCGCGGUUUCCGGAAGCAAUCUCGAGUACCUAUGCGACAAUAAUAACGACAAUGUUACCGUAUAUACCUACCCCGCGCGUUCGGCCGAGAUUUUUCGAUCCCGUGUCACACACCCUCCCGCCGCCACCCCAUCACCCCGAAAUACCCGAAGCGCGCAAUAACGCCAACAAUUUCGCGUCGUCCGCGUGUACCGUCCGGAACAAUAUUAAUUACACAAAACGCUGUGAGAUAUUAUUAUUAAAUCGUUAUAAAAGCUAUGCAUAUUGUUCGAGAGUAUAUUAUGAUAAUAUCGCCAUUUAAACGGGUCGUUUGUUCGCUCGAGUUAAUAAAAUCCCGUAAAGUAACUAACGAUAAUAAUAAUAAUAAUAAUAACACAAACGCGAUAUUAAAAUCUUUUACUAGGACGGGUAAAAGCGAGUGGGUCGAUCGGAAUGCUAUUUGUUCUGCAGGUAUACACCCGUAUAAUAUAAUAAUAUAAUAUAAUUAAAAUAUAUAUUUAUACGCGAAUGAAAACGCUGUAUCCGACGACGACGGUCGGAAGGACGGACGACGGGAAAAGGUUAUUAUAUUAUUUGUAUUUUUUUUUUCUUUUCUUCAACGACAGAUUAGGUUUUGCGCGCUUAUUUCGAUCCGAGAAUGGCGAAAGUAGCUAAAAAGUUUAAAUAUAACAACACGAAAAUAACACAAAUGCAAUACCUACCGACAUUAUAUUAUUAUUAUACACUCGUGUGUGUAUAUAUAUAUAAAUAUAUAUAUGUAAUCUACAAUCGCGCACUACAAUGGUCGUUUGCUGCUAUCCGAAUUCUUUGGACGAAAUUAAUAAUAGAAGGCGAACGAGAAGAAGAAAAAGUCGAAAAAAAAAAAAUACAAUAUAUUAUAAUACACGACCUUUCGUUUUGUAGUUGGGUAUUCCUGUAUAUACGUAUAUAUAUACGUCGUCGUUGCUUACAUUGUAUAUAGUCGACGUUCGGUAACCUUGAUUUUUUAUUUUUCGUAUUUACCGAAAUAAAUUCACUUUUUAAGUCGUCUGUUUGACUUUUAAUAAAGAAAAAAAAGAACGAAGGAAACACUGUCGGAAUUAACCGGAGCACAUAAUAAUGUAUAGACAUAUUACUGUACAAUACAACAGCGACAAUUCAAAUUAUAAAGUUUUCAAGGACAAGGCGAAGAUUCGGCACCUUUUUUGGCGGAAGGGUUGGUGUGAGGAGUUAAAAUAUAGUACUGAUUUAUAGUAAGAUCGACUUCUAUUAAAUAAAUUACAAAUUCACCGCGUUUUUUCGAUUUAUUGGGAAAACUCUUGGGAAAAUAAAAAAAAAAAGAUCUCUUUAAAGUACCACCCAAGUUAGAUUUUCUUUCAAAGAAAGUGCUAUAGAUGAAAAUUGGAGUAAAAUUGCUGGUAGAAAAGUUGUUCACAAAUUAAAAAAAAAAAAAAACAUUCCUCUUAGAAUCUAAAAUAUUGUGCAUAACAAUAUUAUAUUUUAAUUUGAAUAUUUAUUGUAUACAAUGUAAAACUAAUGAAUCCUAUACGUCGUAUAACUGACCCUAUGCCAGUCUAGAAGUACCUAUAUUUUAUGGUCUCUGAUAUUAUAAUAAAGGUUACCCUAGGUCGGGUUUUUUUUUAAAUUUUUAAUAACGUCAUACCUGGCGUUUGCCUACUACGAACAUUUGCAAUAACAUAAAAUUUAACGCCACAAUACAUGAUAUAUAUUACUCAGGUACCUGUUUUUGAAUCAGUGGCGUUCGGGUGGUUAUCGUAGUACAACAAAUAUUUACGGUUAAAAGUUUCAAAUUAUUCGUCUACGGUUUUUCUCCGUCUGCUAAACGCAUGUAUAUUAAUGUUUUUACCGUAACAUAUACACGUAAUAAUAUAAUACAGACCGAUGCUUCUCAAUUUCUUUUCAUUUGCAUACCCUGCUGUUGUACCCAAAAUUAUAUUUUUACGGUACAGCAGAAUUUGAAAUUCAAAACCAUCGCCCGUCACAAAAGCUCUGAAUAUAGUUUGGGUGCCACUGCAUGUACUCCUUUACCUCUCACCACUGUUUUACGGACCCCUGAGCCACGUUACACUAUCAAAUUAGAUAAAAUUUAGUGUAUACGUACCGCCAUCUAAAAUGACAAUAAUAAUGUACUCUUAUUAUACCUAUUAUACACUUAUAAUAUGUAUAUUGUAUAAUGAAAAACUGAUUUAUAAUAUUUACAAUAUUUCAUAAAUAACAAUAAACAUUGCAAUCAAGUACAUUUCACUUUUUCCGCCAUUAUGCUAUUUUUUCCCAUGAACCUCCUAAUAUCUUUUCGCAUUUGAGAAACGCUGAUAUAGGUUACCUGCUAAUCAGUCGCGAGUCAACUUGUAUAUGCGUCUGAUUCGCUGAUACAUAAUCGUUCCAAUUUUAAAAUAUGCGUAUAAUAACAAUAUAAGGAUUGAAAUAUAACCUAUGCUUAAAAGAUCGUACGAGUAUAGUAUUGUGCCUUACCAGUUUGGCGAUGUUGGAUUAAAAGUGUAAAAUUAUAACAUUAUCAUUAUUAUAUUCCGGUGUACCUGAACGAUAAUAUUAUUAUAGCGUCGGGGAUAUUUUAUUUCUUUUUCAGUAUGGCCACUGCAAGAGGCAAAGCAGAAUUGUCCGACAUCGCUUCGGACCACGCUCGAGAAGAUCACGAUAUCGCAAAAGAGACAGCCAAGCAGUUUGCACCGGAUUUUGUACAGCCAGGUGUGUUUUUUUUUUUAAAAGGAGCAUAUAUAAUAAUAAUUAUAAUAAUCAUUUCUAAUCAUUCAUAGACGCAAUAUUGCAAACAGUAUUUAUAAUAUUUUAAUGCAGUAAAAUUCCGUUAAUGGUCACCUCUAUAUUUUAAGAGUAAUUUUUUUGGUCUCGUCAAGUGUUAUGCCUCUAACGGACUGUUUGCUUUAUGUACGGUCAUUAUUUCCGGUCCCUUCGGUAACCGUUACACGGAAGUUAUAUUUUGUUACGAUAAUACCGCAAUAUUAUUGUAAUCAAACUGUCUAUUAUUAUUAUUAUCAGGGCUAGGGACUUUAAGCACUUAAAAUCCAAAAAAAAGCUUGAAAUUACACUUAAAAAAAAAAAACAAAGAAUGGAGGUAUGUUUUUAAAAGUCCUCCCUUUAACGACUCUAACUUAUAAAACACAAUUUUUAAACCCUGCAAAAAUAAUUAACACAAGUUUUUAAAGAAAAUUGUAAGUAUUAUAAAACAUAUAUUGUAUGUUAAUCGUUUUUGUAGGUUCGGAAAAUUGCAUUUAGUGCUCAAAGCCGUUAUUGGGGGUGGCGAUGAAUGUUUUAAACCCCUCUGAGCUCUCUGUUAGUCUUGCUUUUUAAAUUUUUUUUUAGGACUUUUCUGACGUUUUUAUGCUGUUUUUUGUGGAUUUUGAAUUUAUUUUAUAAUAGCGAACCUGUAUUUCAUUGGCAUCUGAAGAUUUUUAUCCGGUAGAACGGGAAGGGGAAUGCAAAAGUAAAUUCAAAAUAAAUGACCGGGGAUUUUUUUUAAUAUCCUUAAACUUUGAUACGUCAAUAAAAAAUUGGACGCAAUAUAUUUAUAUAAUAAUAUAUACAGGAUUAAUAUAAUUUUAACUAAUUAGUUAAAAACUAUAAUUAAAUAAUUAGUCGAAAAUUUACGAAAAAUAUUAUUAUUUUGUUAUUAUGUAUUUAACUUUAUACACUAUAAAACGUUAUGUUUUGUAAUCUCUACAUUUUCUACUGAAUCGAGUUAGUGCAUUGGUAUUUUUCUGAAUUGAAUAAUGAACUCACACACUCGGUCUAUAUCUUUAUCUAUUGUUUUAACACGCAAUAACGUUCUGCUGAUUCGCAAUAUAAAUAUGCCCGAAACGGCUACUAUUUUCCAAGAUAAAUAUACACAUACUAUUUUUUAAAAAAUUACCAGAUUUCAUAUCUUGGCUACAGUCCCGACUUUACCAAAAAUUGUACCAACUUUCAACUUCAGCUUUUAGAUUAACAAUUUUAUAGAAAUUUCCCUACUCUAAAAGAAUAUUUUUUAUUUUUUGGAACCAUUUAAAAUUUUAGUGUUAUAACAAAUCGAACGAAACAAAACAAUUUUGCAUUUUAAAGUUAUAGGUAGUACGUAUCACAAAAACGUAAGAGGCGAGGGGAUUUCUCUAAAAGUCAGUGGGUAUCGGCAUUAAUAUUGUUGAGCCACCGCAUGUUUUCAUACAAUUCAAAAGGAAUUAAAAAGGCGAAGAGGAAAAAUUAUCCCCUCCCUCGAGUCGUCUAUACGACAGAUAGUCGAUAUCAAUCUAGGUCUGAUUUAUAAAACCAAUCGUCUGGUAGGCUGCAGCUACUGCAGGUAUUAUAUUAUCGAUUAUACGAUUCAAUGUAUUCUAGUGGCGAAGGUGUGAUUUAGAAAUUAUGGGAGGACGAUCUCCUUUAUCUGAGCGUCAACGCCAAUUUGGGAGCAAAUUCCUCUCAGGUUUUUUAGCUGGUGAUAUUGAUUUUACUAUAUUGCUUUUCCUGAUUAGUUUUAAGGUCCACCUUUAUCUCUAGGUCCAACGUUCCCUUAAGUAGCAUUAAUUAUAUCAAAAAUGAGCCGAUCAGGAGUAUGUUAUCUAACGCCAAUAUGGACCUUUAACUUUUUAAUAUCUAAUUUCUUUUUAAAUUUUAACUUUUAUUUGCUCACACUGUUCUGAACAGAUAUUUUGUAUUAAUUUGUAUUAUUUUAUUUGUAUCCAUGUUUUAACUGUGAUUUAGUUAUACCUUUUUCUCUUUUUUUUUUCUCUCUUGAUAUUCAAUAAUAAUAUUAUUCUUUAAAGAGCUUGCCCGUAUAUUUCAUACAUAAAUAAAGGUAAAAAAUUCUCUGGAUUUUCACGUUGGUCAAACCAGUUACGAACAUGCGAAAUGUUAAAAUUUAAAAAUCUUCGAACUCGGCUUAAAAAUGUAAACAUAGAAAACAUACACAUUUAUGUUAUAACUAUGGACCAGAUUUAAAUGCAAUUAAUAUCUAUAAAAUAGCAAUUGAGAAUUAUUUUAAAAAAAAACCCUAAAAAUAGGCAUUAAAAACAUUUUAAACCCAAAAAUGAUACCUAGUUUUGGUUUAAAAGUUCCUCCCUCUUUCAGCUUUUAUUUAUUAAAUCACAAGAUCGAUUAAUGUGUACAUUAUACAUAUUACAUCACUAACCAUGUUAUAAUACCGAUAAUAUAUAUUAAAUAGAUGUUGGACCCACUCCCUCCCUUAAAAUUUAUUUUCAGUUAUAGAUUAUAAUAUUGUUUUUUAAGUAUCCAUAAUAUCAGUUCACUUUCUCCACCCCCUAGUAAAUGAGUUUCAAAUAAACACACACCGCGAGAAAUAAAAGGAAAAUAAAACUAUCCCCACCUAUAUCUGCAGAUAUCUAAUUAUAAAUAAAAAUAAAUCGUAAAUCGUGAUUGUAAACAAUUUUGGAGUCAAUAGUUUUCCUCGGUCUUGGAAAUUUCGUUUUACGCUCGUGUUGUUUAUUAUUGAUAGAACUAAUAAAAUAACGUUUCUCUCUUAAAAACUGCAUCUUCUUCUUCCUCAGCUGGUUGCCCCGUCAAGGAGCAUUGUAAACAUCACGAAUUUUCUUCAUUUCUCGCUGAAGUUAUAAACCGAAUCAUGAAUUGCGUUCUGUUUUAUGUUUUCUAUAACGAGCAAUAACAUCCGCACAGCGGGUCCUGGGUCUUUUUUGUUUACUUUAUUUAUUAACUUGCUAUUGGCUCUUCAAACGAGUUCAAAUCUUUCUAGACGUUUGUGUAAAUAAUCACCACACUCAACAUAUUAUUUAUUAUGAACAGAGCAAUUUUUUCAUAUUAAAUUUGCAUUUUUUUCCAAAACUACAAAAUGUGUUAAAUCUAAAAUAAUAAGUAUCUACGGGGUAUACUGUGUGAUUCACUUGUAAAAAACAAGUUUUGAGACAAUUUUAGGUGAUUUUGCUUUCCGUUUUUUUUUCAGUCAUAAUAGUAGGUUAGUAUGAAGCUUUUUUGAUAAUCAAUUUUCUAUUGUUUAACCAAGGGGUAAACAAUUUAUUAUACCUUAAAUAACUUAAAACUUUUGAUUUUCAAAAAGGAAUCAUCUAUUUUUUUAAAUCUGUACCGAAAGCAUACAGAAGGGUAAUAAAUUUCAUAUCCAUUUCUGGAUGAUAAAACUUUAUUAACUCUACAAUACAGACUGUUAUAAUUUAUAACCCUCAUAAACACUAAUCCGAUAUUAGUGUUAUAUUAAUCUACAUUUUCAGAACAAUAUUCUGUAUUUAAAUUUAUGUUUAAAAUGGGACUGAGUUGCUAUUUUGAAAAUCCAAAGUGUCUACACAUUUCUAGUGUAUAGAGAAUGGUUGACCUAUUGAAAUUGUGUAAAAAUAAAACUUGAUCGAUUCCAUAUAAUGAUUGAAAAAAAAAACCCACUUGAUCACGAUAAAUGGAUCACUCAGAUAUGGCUACGGGUGUGUAGAAUGUGCGACACACCCUGCGAGCUGUGUCAAGAAUCUUAAGUUAGAAAUAUAAUUUAAUUGUUGUCAUUUUAACUAUACUCUGUAAUAUCACUUAUUGUUAAGUAUUAUAUUGGGUCGGCAAUCUUGGACAUCUCGAUAAAGCAUCCACGACAAAAACAGUACAUGGCUAACAACAAAAUAAUAUGAUAGUUUCCCAAGAACAUUUAGUGUGUUUUAAAAUUUUGUGAUCAUAUAAAUCUCCAGCUGCUCAUGUGAACUACAAUUUUAGAUUCUGAGAGAAGCUAUGUGCUAAGCUAAUCUAGUUUCACUAUAGUGUGUGUGUAUUUUUUUUUUCUUUUUGUGUAAUCUGUAUACAACUUUUCCUACCAGAAAUCUCGCUCCAAUCAAAAAAUAACAAGAGACCUUUUUCAGUGCAUUUUGGAUGUAGUUGAUACAUCAAAGCUGUAGGGUUUUUCCGAUUUUCCAAACAGUGUUCGUAAUAAUCGGGCGAAACUGGUAAUUUUUCGUAAAUUUACCGAAACAUUUUCUGGAUACCGAUGAUUUUAUGUAUGCCAGUUUUGUGUAUACCACGGUAAUCCUGCACGUACCGCUAUGACGGAAUUAAUUAUUAUUAGCCUUUGCGAAUGUUGUAAUCCGUGAUAUCGUUAAAUAUAAUGCCCCCUGCAGCGGUUAUAAUAAUAAUAAUAAUUAUCAUUAUUAAGAUAAACUACUUAAGUUGGUGUACAAUUGCACAAUAAUAUAAUACAUUAUCGAAAUCCACGAUGUAUACAAAUUCCGUUAACAAUAAGUGAUUUAUAACGCGGUAGGAUUAUACACGAUUAAAUUCGAGAUACUAUAUAAUUACUAUUGUGUUGGUUGUGGUUGUGUUACACGUUAAAUUACUUGCCUUUGUUUUAAAAUCUAUUUUUUUUUUUUUCAAAUACUUUAUGUUUAUCUUUUAAACUUUAUAAUUACAUUAGUUUCGAUACGAUUGUGCAAUAUUUUUACCGGUAAAUCUGGGACCGAUUAGGGAUAAAUGUUUCGCAACAUUUUUGUCGAGACCUUAUUAUAUCGUAUAAAUCACGAAAUUACAAAUCUGUACCUCGAAUAAUUUUUCAAAAACUUUAGUGCACCUAUGAUUUCGAUUUCACCUAUGUGAGAAACGACUUGAGUCACAAAAUGUUGAAUAAUGAGUUAGCCCAUGUGGAAUGCAUUACGUUAUAAAAAGACGUGCCAUUUUUUGUUAAAAUUAAGUAAAAAAAAAAGAUGAUUUGAUUUGAAGACGGUUUCAUCACAGUAUAAUAAUUUAGUUGAAGUAAUCUGUCUUAUUUUUUUUUUCGACGUAUCAAGGUAAAAGUAUUAUAGAUAAACACCCCUGAUUAGGUUGCCUGUGCGUACAUUGAAAUUAAAUAUAAGUACAGUUUAUAAUGUGAACCUAUGGUAUAAUUCAACAGCACAAACCCAUCAUAUUGGUCAUCCUCUUUUAUUUUAGAAAUAAGGCAUUCCGGAAUUUUCAAACGCGUCCCCCGGGCCGACAACGAGGUAAUUUUUAAUAUUUAAAUAAUUUAAAUUGAGUAUCUCACCGAGUACUUUACAUUGAGUGUAUCCAAUUCUAUCGCCAGAUAUCAUUGAUAGUGUAAAAUAAUUUGUCUUUUUUUUCAAUGAGUACCAUUUUUUGGACUUGCAUCGUUUCUCAAACUAGUGGAUAAUUUGUUUAAAGUGAAAUGCGAUGCAUAGUUCAUUUUUACAUUUUUGUCAAAAUGCGUUCCUAUUAAAAUCUUUAUUUUAAAUGCAUAUCAAAUAAAAAAAGAGCUAAUAUCGAGGACGGGUGCGAUCACUGUUGUAGAUUGUAGUUGGGAAUGUGGGAUGCAUAAAGUUAUUUAAUUUAUAAUUGCAGCCAACGAUAAACCGUGGCUAACGAAAAACGAUUCAGAUUGGAGUUUGGUUAUAGAUCGGUUUGAAAGGUCGUAAUAUUUACGAUUUUGGUUGAAAUUUGUUUUUAAAACUCUUAUUAAAAAUAAUCUAUGUUACACUACUUUUUUUUUUUUUUUGGCACAAAUAACGAUCUUUAAUGUUAAAGUCUUGUUAAAUUUUCAAGCAUUAAAGUCUAAACAUUUUAUCCACAUAGUCCUUACCGAAUAAAAAUUAUGUACAAUACUGACUCUUCUUUAUCAUAGUAAAACCUAAAAUAAAUGCAUAUGCGAGCAAACAUUGAGCCUGCUAUAGAGUUAUAAAGUAGGGUUUUGUUUUCGUAAAUUAUUAAUUGGUAACUGAAUUAUAUUUAUAUUAAGGAUUAAGGAGGGUGUGGGGGCUCAGCACCUCACGGUUUAUGUUCAGUACAACAAUUGCAAUAGACACUAACUUUGUUUUGAGGCUUAUAGUCUUUUUCUUUUGUUUUUCCAAUUUGUGCAGUAUAAUUUUUGUAUUGGUUCAAAUAGUGGAUCGCAGUGGUCCCAGGGGGCUAUUCUGACAAUGAAACAAUAAGCGUAUCCUCGGCUUAAUUUCUCGGCUUAUUGCAUAGAAUUCUUACUUAAUGUGCUUCACGUACAAUUGCGUACUCGGGCUUAUUUAUAGUACGCGGACCACGAUGUGACGUGUCUGGAGAUGUCAUACUUAACUUACUUGGCAUACUUGCUUAUAUAUUUUCGAUUUGACUAUCUUUCCGAGUUGUUUAAUUGAUGUUUAUUAUAAUUUAAUAUUUUUUAUGGUCUUAUUUAGAUAAAUUUAUCCAGGUAAAUUAUUCCGUAUAAAUGUAUUUUUUUAAAGCUUGACAUUUAUUAGCUUAAAACUUGAAAAUUAGUUUUUUAUUUAAAUAAAAAGUCGAUACUGCUGAUGGAUGUACCGCUAUUGUAAGUUGAAUGAUAUAUCACUGCUAACGAAAUACAGUUUUAAGUGAAGUUCGAUUAAACGCGUUGUGGAAUGUGGAAUGUCGUGAUUUAUACGAUUUUCAAAGGGUUUUCCACAAAAAAAAGGUUUUAAAAAAAAAAGACUACAUGAUGUUCCACAUGUUUGUUUUACUAUCAAACACAACUUGUGAUGAAUUUGAGACCAGACAAUUAUAUUCACAAAAGUAGAAGAAUAGUACUUAUACUGACAAAUAGUUUUUAUUCACCAGCUAAACGAGAUUUUGUUUAGGGAAAGAUACUUUACUUAAAUAUUUGGAGUAAAAUUCUGGUAAAAAACAAAAACGGAAAUAAUGAGAAUUUAUUACCGUACAUUUUCCCGUUUUUCCUAUAAGUUUAUUCUCAAUACGAUUUCUGUUUGAAAAAAUGUUUUGAAAUUAUCACAUUUACCAUAAUAAAAUCAAUACACAGUUCUCUUUGUACUCAGAAUCUAAAAUUAGUUACUUAUAACUAAGUUAUGUAUCAAUAUAGGAAGACUAUUUCCAUGUAUAAGAAUCCCAAAAUUCUUAUAUUCAAUCAGAAUAAAAAAAAAAUGUUUUAUGUAAGGAAUCGAAUUGAACUUCAUCAUCGAUAUUAGUAUAUUAGACAUUAGUUUGACAGUUUCUAUAUAUUUUUUUUUUUUUACAUCCAAUACAGUACACAGCAUCCAAUAACGUAUACAUUGUUUUGGAAAAAUAUAUUGGUUUUUAUCUAAAUAAAAUAUGGUUAAUUAUUAUCUAGAUAAUUUUAGAGUCACUGUUCAUUUAUCUUUAUCUAGAUAGUUUAUUAGUAUUUUAUCGUUAUCUUCAUCUAGAUACGAGUACAUUUUUUUUACAAGUGUUCCUACACUGGUUAGGCAUAAUAACAUAUUCACUAACAAACGGAAAAGCCAAACAUAAAUUAUUAAUUUUAAAAUUCCCUUAUUAGAUUCGAGUGAAGAAAAAAAUCUCUAUCUUACUAUGUUUUUUUUUUCACAAUGUACCUUAAAUGGUACGGUCUGUUUAUCGGACAGAACUUUAUUUGAAAUAUUACUCUUGUUUUAUUGCAACGAUUUAUCGAUCAUCCUGUUUACUCCAUGUAUUUCAAACCCACUUGAGUGACCUACCCAUGAUACGAAGUACGUCUGGUUUCAACUUUUUUAAUAUGUGAAUAAAUUCAGCCAAAAAACAGUCUUACAUAUCGAUUAAAAAAAUUAGUGAAACGAAUAAAGUGUAAAAUCAUAGUUAAUAUCGUUUUUUAAUCAAAAAAUGUAAAUUUAUAAUGACAUUGUGUUCAUGAUUAAACACAGACGCAGAUAAAAUUAUUUCCUUCGAAAGUUCGUUCCAUAGUAAGUUUAUCAUAGGUAUAGGUACAAUGUCAUAACAUUUAUAACAAUUUUUUUGGCCAUAAGAAAUUUCGUUGGAGGGGAAUGGUGGUCGGAAACGACAGUAUAUGAUGCAGUAAAACAGAGGAAUUCGUAAUCACGACAGUGUAAUAAGAGUUCAUCAAGAUCUAGAGCAUUAAAUCUUUACUUUAGAAUACAUUACAGACUGCGGUUUUGUCUCGGCGAUGUUUGAUGUUCGUACGGAUUAUGCGGUUUUAACGAUGAAUUAAAGUGCUGAGGUAUUAGAGUACAGACGGCGGUUGUAUAUGAACAGCAAAGGGACAGCUGAAAUGAUUAGUUCUAAAACGAAAAUUUGGAAUUAUUCGAGCUUGCGGGCAACGAGUUUGAGAGAAUUCAAUUCUCUGCAGUAAAGUCGAAAUAAUUGAACAAUCCUUAAUAAUAAAUUCUCUAUGGAACAUAACUAAUAUUGAAAUCUUUGUAUGGAUUCGGGUAAAAAUGUUUUGCUUAAAAUAAAAAAUUGUUUAAAACCGUUUAAUAAUUCAUGAAUAAAUAUUUUAACGUUUGGCUGGAACUCUCUACAUACACUAUAAUAAUAUGAAAAGUUUGGGAAUUCGUUUUAUUUUACCAGUUUUCCGAUUUCACAAAAGUCCAGUAAGUGCAUUUUCCAAUUCGAGUGCGUUUUCGGUUCGACCGUUGCGGUGAAUUGUUAUAAACUUGAGAGAUCGCAGAAAAUAGGACGUACCACACAGGGUGUUUAAUUUAUCAUGGACCAGCGGCGUAUUUCUAGUUGGAUUUCGAGCGAAUUCGAUUAUUUUUGUUUUCUUCAAACGAGUAAACUUCACGUGCGUUUUUGUACAAAAAGUCGAUAACACAUUUCUACUGCUCCGGUACAGUUGAGAGAGAAAGGGAAACAUUUCCGAGCGCGUUACACGUACCCGAGAAUCAGGCGUACAACACAACUCGAUAAUAUGCUGUUGAAAGAAUUAAAAAAAAAAAAAACGCGAAUUUAGGGCUCUAAAUAUAUUGUCGUCGUACCUACAUCACCGUCUUCGUGAAUUUCUAAUUUAAAUUUCCUCUCUCGUUUCGUAUUAUUAUUACUUUUUUUUGUUUUACUCAUGUUAUACAUAAUAUAUACAGAUUACCUAUCAGUGCGUUAUUUUUUAUCCUUUAAAAAUAUAAUCUGAAGACAUUUUAAUUCACUUAUGUAAUGAUACUAUGCUAUUUCUAGAAUUCUUUUUUUUUUUUACUUCAUUUACCAUAGCAACGCAAAAACAUAAUGUUAUUAUUAUCAUUUCAUUAUAUAAGAUCAUAUCAGGCUCCUCGGUAUUAUCCAUCACGUGUUUCCGAUUUUUCACCGUUUCUCGUUCCCGUGAGGAGCGCGACGGACAAAACGAGCGCACGUGUAUCAUGUAGCUAUAAUAAUGUAUUACCCAUAUAUAUUAUCAUUCUCUACGAUAUUAUUGUUUGUCGUCGUUGUAAUACGUCACGAAACGUCGUCAUCCGGUAACUUGAACUAACAAAAUCGCAUAAAAAAAACAGUAGGACAAAAAUCCCGUAGGUAGUAGUGACGGACGUUAAACAAAUACAUAGCGUCCCACGAAUAAAUAAUAAAAAAAAUCCAAUUUUGUUUUUUUUUUUGUUUAUAUUACCGAAUUAUUCGCACGGGGAACGAGACUAAAAAAUAUUUAAAUAUUUCAAUUGAUAUUUUAUGUUUUAUUAAAAAUAUUAAAAAAUAAAAAUAUAACUUUUUAUUUUAUUGUUUUUAGAAAAUUUGAAGACUACCAUCUUAUAGUUAUAGAUUUAUCUGGACAUUCUGACGUAUCGACAUUUUAUUUUCAUUACAUUCGUGAUUUUUGAUAAAAAUUUUUUAUGUUCAGAUAGGAAAAAAUGUACUCCAAUUAGCUAUAACAAUAAUAAUCAAUUAGCGAAUGCGAUUACAGCCUGCUAAAAAACUAUAUAACAGGUACUUUUCUCUGAACAUUAAAAACAAACCACGAAUUUAAUAAAAAUAAAAAGUUGAUACAUCAAAACAUUUUCAGAGAAAUUAAUUUUAUAAAAUUGCUAUCUUCAAAUUUUUCAAAAAUAAUAAAAUAAAAAAUUCUUUUUAUAAGCUUUUUACGAAAACAUAACAAAUGAAUUGAAAUAUAAAUAUUUGUAGUCCUUAUCUCCAAAAGUAUAAUCGGUGGGAAUUGAGUUUUUCGAUUCUCUUGUUUUUCAAUAAAUUCUUAUUUCCACUUACUUCUUUUAUAUUAAUUAUUAUUAAGAGAGUCAUCCUCAAUUUCUUCGAGAAUUUUUUGAAUUCUGAACGGAGCGAGGAAUGUAUUUGGUUUUCCAAUGAUGUUUAUUGUUUCUUUUUCUGUGAACAACUUUCCUACCAGAAAUUUUUCUCCAAUUUUCAAGUACGGCAAUUUUUCUGAAAUAGAAUUUGACUGGAGUAGUAUUUUAAGGAGGUAUAUUUUUAAAUUCUCAAUGGUUUUCAUAAUAAAUGGAAAAAUCUUACGAAAAAAACGGGAAAAUGUAUAUGCUCAUGUAUAAACGUACAUACAGUAUCUCUGUAAAGAUGUUUUGAUAAAAAAAUAUCAGUAGAACGAAUAACACAUUAUAAUUAAAGUUUUUUCCAAUGAAGUAUCUGAUAAAUUUCGAUUCAUGUUUAAGUGUACGUACAGCAAAGUAGUUUUAGCUAAGAUUACUGUAUAGGAAAAUAUGCAGGUAGCACAUCAUAACCGCGAAAUCGGAAUAGUGAAUAUAGAAAUAACGGCGGUGAAAUAGCUGAGCAUAAAAUAUCUAAAAGACAUAAAUAGAGAAGUUCGAAACAGCUAAAGUAUAUCAUUUUAAAAUAUGGUUAUUAUUAUUGUUGUCAUCUAAAAGUUUCGAUCUUACUAAAAGUAUUACUGAUAAUCGCAAUUAGUUUUAUAACUGGUUAUCCAGCGGAUAAACAAAUAUUCCAUAUAUAAGCCAUUGGUAAUAAUAAAAUAAGUGGAUAAGAUACGAGCAAAAUUGGUAUACGGCAAGUGACAGUGUACGUUAAACCGCGGAUCGUUCAAUGUCACAAAUGUUUUUGAAGUCUCUAUAUAGUUUCGCGGUUAAUUUUCGAUAAUUUUAAAAUAACAUACUCUAUAGCUGUUUUGAAUAUUCGGUAUUAUGUCGUUUAGCUAUUUUACGCUUAGCUAUUUGGCCGUCGCGGUUAUGACGGUAACUCAAAUAUGCAAUAUAUUCGUUAAAAAAUCAAUUAAAUAGCAUAUCCGUCGUACGUACUGCUUUAUUCUGUAGGACACGUUUCAUACCGUGUUCGAUAAUAUUUCGGUCGAUACGAUAUUUUAUAAUGCAUUUUAAAACCUUUUAUAAUGGAGUCACUGCGUUUCACCUAAAGAAAAAAAACCGCCGAAUUAACCGAUUAGUCCGAAAAUAAAACGACCUCAAUUUUUAAAAUUCAGCAUUUGCUGUUUGUUUCACUAAAAUAGGGUAGAAUAUCGUAGCAGUAAAAAUAUCGAUUUUAAGAUUUUGAUAACGGAUUACCGUGAACCUCGUUUGAUGUGAUUAUUAUAAUAGCACGUUCAUCAAUAGCUUUUCUUUUACACGAUGCUGUAUUAACCACAAUAAUAUGCUUUUUCAACGUUUGGCUGAAAUAUUUAUCACGGUCGUGUUGUAUUUAAAUAUUGUUUCCAUGGCUAUAUAGGCUAGUGGCAGACUGGCGUGUUAUUUUCGAUGUAUAGGCCGUUCCAGCCCUGUAAAUCGUUGAUCUGUAACUUUGUCACGCCACGAGGAGCGCUUAGCGUUAAUAUUUUUUAAAUUUUUAAUGUACCACGUCAAAACUGGUGUCUAAAAUAUGACGACGGACGAUACAAAACACAAAAUGAGUCGUUCUACACUAUAUAACUAUCCUACAACUUAAUUGAUGUUUUACUUCGAGUUCAAUCUGAGGCUUAUAUACAAUAUUCAGAAUUAAUGGGUUAUAAACGAAGAAAAUGUGCGAAAAACAAAGCUUUUACUAUGUACCGUCAAUAUAGACUGAUACAAAGUGGUUAUUUUUAUGCGGCCAUAAUUCGUAAGCGUUCCUCUCAUAAACCCGGACGGCGAUUAUCGAUUUCUCUUCAGUAUUCGGUCUGCGUUCGGUUUAGAUUGAGUUCGAAGUGGAAAUACCCGUCUCGAGCAAUAAUCCCAAGAAAAAGUGAAAGGAAUCUCGAAGUCCUAAUACCUUUAUUUUAGGUUACGAUCGGACACUGGGGUUGGACGACUGAUCGAUUGGGCUCUAUUACUUUAAAGAUAACCCGUUAUUGUCUGAACAAAAACCUACCGCUUACCUAAUCGAUUCACCGUUUAUUGCGAUAUAAUCUCUGUGUGUAUGCAAAAAAAAAAAUAAAACAAUUACGACCGAUUUAUAAUUGGUAGUUUCGGUUUAAUUUUCCGAUGAGGACGCGGCUCGUUCGACAAUCACCGUCGGCGCUCCUGGCAACCACGACCUCUGAGCUCUAAGCAUUUGUAUCGUUUUCUUUUUGUUGAUUACCGAUUAACCUGGUGACACGGAUGAAACAAUAAUAUUGUUAUCGGUUAAUUUGGUUGUCGCGGGAGUAAAACUGCAAAUAUCAACUAAUAGGAACGUAGGCGGCGGAAACGGGUAUACGAGUUAAAUUUAAUUUAUUUCAUUGAUUUCUGUUUUUUAAAGGAUUUUUAUUUAUUUAUUUAUUUUUUUUUAGUCCGCCUUUAAAUCGGUGACACAGAUGUCACUGUAGAUAAUAGUUUAGAUAAGUUCAUUGUAUCAGCGGUCUAAUACGAUGAGACGCAAAUGAAAUAAAAAAUGGCGACCAUGGCUAUAUAUAGGGCUGACAAGGGCUGACAUGUUAAAUUGAAUUUGUUUUAUUGAUUUCGGCUUUCGAAAGGAUUUAUAUAUAUAUAUAUAUAUAUAAUUCGGAUUUAAAAAAAAAAAGAGAAAAUUAAAUUGACACGAGAAACGUCGGUCAGACCUAUUAUCAGUAUACGUAAUGUCUCGCGAAGGCCAUUUCGAUGUCUUGGAAAGUAUUAAUUUUUCUGGUAUUUUUUUCAAUUUAAAAAACAAGUAGCUCUAAAAAUGUUAUAUUGCCUUCUAUUUUUUUUGUCCCUCUAGUUUCGGACGUGAACCGACUGUUAAAAAUUCCAUAAACAGACGGAGUAUUAGUUUAAAUGCAUUUCGAGGUUGACAAUUUUGUUUUCUGUCGACACGCUGACGAGAUAUUCCAUUUUUAAGUAUGUGUAGGGAUAAAGAAGAAGCGGAGUGUUCAAACGGCCCACGCAGCAGUGUAGCCAUAUAAAUAAUACCUCACUAUUCUUUCCCAGCCCAAACUUAAAAAUGGAAUAUCUCAUCGAUCGGUCGACGAACAACAAAAAUUUCAACCUUAAAACGCUUUGAACCAAAUACUAGCUAAUAUUUACGGCAUUUUUAGUACAGGAAUCAAUUUGAAAUUAAAUAUUCGUUUGUCGACAGCAAAAUUAUGGAAACGUAAUAUAUUUUAGAGCUAUUCGUUUAACAAAUUAUUAUAAAAAAAAAUCACGAAAAAGCUAUUACUUUCCCAGAUAUCAAAGUUAUCACUUUUUGGCGUCCCGCCCUAUUUAGGUAUUCUGUAUAACAUCGGUAAAAUUGGAUGAUAUUCUAGAAUACUAAAAUAUUCGUUAGUAAUAAGCAGUUUUAUUCUUACAAUAUCAACUGUAGAAGAAGAAUAGACAUCUUCCUUAUUUUUUUCACCUUCAUCCCAACUAUUUGGGAUCUACUACCCUCGUUCUUGACCCUCCACUUGGCCCGAUCUCCCACCUCGCAUUCACCGGCCUCACAUUGUUCUCAAUUGCACCCAACCACCUAUUUUUUCGUCUUACUCUCCGUUUCUUUCCUACUACGUUUAUCUCAAAUUUUCCUUUUAACCACGUAUUCGAUUAUAUUUCAUAAUAUUGAGCACAGUUAGAAAAUAUUAGUCGAUUAUCUAAAUUCGUGUAUCUUUUUAGUGUACACAAUUGUUAUUAUUACUAUAAUUAUUGUUUAAAUAUUAUUUGUUAUCAUAUUCGGCUAUCUAUUCGUAAAUAACCGUACGAUAAUAUUAUUGUACUUAAAAUGGUUGUUUUUACGAUGCACUUUUACGAAAGACAAUGCAUUAUCGCACGUAUUACAUAUAUUUUCUAACAAUGAAUCGUUAAAUUUCUCAAUAUUUUUGAUGUUUACAAAAUGUUUUAAUCAAAAAUAACCUACCUGGGGAAUCGAUUAACAUUAUUUUUCGGAGUUCAUUCAAAUUUACCAGUUAAUAAUAUUUAAACGGGUUUCAUUGUUAUUACUAAACUGCCGAUUUUCUCACGAAAAAUAAUUAUUAUGAUUUUUUUUAAACUCAUAAUACUGUAGAAACUCAAUUAUGCAUUGUUAGUUAAUAUUUGUACCGAGAAUUAAUUUCAAAAUUAUUUAUAUAAUGAUGGCCAUAUUGGAAUUUUUAGAAACAGAUUAUUUUAAUUUACGAUAUCAAACCUGCAACGGAGUAGAAGAAUAAGGCUAUAAGUCAUUGAAUUUGUUAUAUAUAUAUAUAUAUAUAUCCGUGGAAAUAGACAUGAUUACGGGUAGCGAGGUAGCAGCAUCUGCAACCCCGCCAUUUUCAUUGGGGUUGCAGAUUAAAAACUAUUCACCCAUGAAUAAUUUUUUUUUUUUUUAAAACUAUCAUUUUCUUGCUUUUUUAAUAAUAUGAGAACACGUAUGUAAUAAUAAUUAUACCACCGGUUAUAUUAAAUAUUUGAACUAUGACUAGUCGACUUGUAGGAUAUAAAUUGUUUAAUACAAUGUUUCUAAAUUUAUUUGACGUUUUUCGUACCUCAUUCGAAUGAACAAUUUUGACUGUACCCUGUCAAACUUAAUAGUAUAUCCGGCAGCGGACGAAAACUCGUCCGUUUUCGCGCAUGUGUUCCCACUUACGUUUAUUGUUACUGCUUCAUCCAUUCACCCUCCUAUUAAUCUCGACACCGCUGAUACACAUGGUAUACAACAUACGUAGAGAAUAAAAUAUCGAUAACAUUUUGUUAUACCCGCCUUACCAAGUGCACGUAUUCUUUCGCACAAAUGCUCUGUUUUAAUUUUAAUUAACUUCACAAUUCACGUUUUAAGAUAUGUAAUUUUUUUUUUGUUCACAGGAUUGGAGAAGGGCAGACUUCGGGACGGGACGAAACUGAAAAGUUCGAUUAAACAGACACCCGCGCAAAAGCCGGUGCCGGCAGCUCCGGACCCGGUGCCGCUGCCCAAAACAACCGUGAGCCACGUCGGAGGGAGCGUUCAGUCUCAAUACGAUUCAAAAGAUCCGGCAGAAACCACAUCGCAAUUCGUACCAAGGUCGAUAUAUGCAAACCCGUAUUACCAGUCGUCCGCCAGUGACAACAAGGCACAGCAACAAUACCAGCCCCUGCAACAGCAGACACCGGCGUCCGGUGUCCAGAUCGGGAAACAGCAAGCCAACAGUUCCAACGUUCGUUCGUCGUUUUCGCGCGACAGCUUGACGACGGCCGACCCCCAGAAAAAGACGCCGGCCUCGAAGUCGGUCGAAUUCCACCGUUUAAACAACGGCUAUAUCAAGCUGAGCGAUGAUCUGCGUCUGCAGCCACCGCCGUUGCCACCUAACCGCGUGAUCAACAAAAGCCCGAGCAACAGCGACCAGUACGCUAGCGCCAACAGUAGCAGCCCAUUAAACAGCAACGUCGCGCAACGGGCCGGGGCACAGUCCGAAAGCGGGGCGCAGUCGUACAACAGAUCGCGGCAGUACAGCGUGAAUGGCACCGGUACCGGCAGUGGCGAUGGUGGGGGCAGCAACGUCCAGCAGACUAGCGGUCGCCAGAGCCGGCAAGCGGACAGAUUAUCUAGAGAAUCGCCAAGCACGUCGCACGCCGCUUAUUCACGUAACGAAGAAGACUACAACCAGGACCGUAACGGUGCUUGCAGUGUCCAAUUCCGCGACCAGGACCGGGACCGCAACGAUAGUGGCAGCGUCCAUUUCCGUGAUCAGGACCGGGAUCGUAACGGUAGUGGAAGCGUCCAUUUCCGUGAUCAGGACCGGGACCGUAACGGCAGUGGCAGCGUCCAUUUCCGCGACCAGGACCGAGACCGUAACGGCAGUGGCAGCGUUCAAUUUCGUGAUCAGGGCAGGGACCGUAAUGGUGGCAGCGUAAAAUACCGUGGUGAACCCGACCGCGACCGUAACGGUGGUAGCACCAAUUACUACGAUCAUGAUCGGGACCGCAAUGGUGGCAAGCAAUAUCGUGACUUGCAACGCCGUGAAUCGGUCCACCGCGGAAGCGGGGAACGCCGCGAUUCGCAGCGUCGCGACAGCAACACAGACUUCAGCCGCUUCAGGGACAGAGACAUCGACGAAACGGACCAGUCGCGUUUGAGACGCAACGCGAAAUACGUUAAUAGAGACUCUACGCAAUCUGAACAUCAGCAGGUAGGUGCCCCUUAUUGGUAAUAUUGACGGGGGUGUAGCCGAAUAGGUUGCAGUUGAAAAAAAAUGAAAAACAAAAGGACAUACUUUGCACGACGGGUGGGCCACUGUAGUAGAUGAGAAAUUUGGAAGCUAGAAAGGAAUUUUAAUGUAUAUCAGUUGUGGAAGAACAUGUUCGGUUAUAAGUGUUUUAUAAUUCCGUAAUAUAUACAAUUUGAAAAUAUUAAGUUUCAAAAAUUUCCCGUUUUUUUAUGAAAGCUCCUGAGAAUAUCAAAAAAUUACCUCCAUCAAGUACCACUCGGAUUAAAAUUUUUUUCAAAAAAAAGUGCUACACUUGA